GCCGCGGCCGCCGCUGAGGCAGCAAGGAGCGGCGCCGGAGGCGUUUGAGGCAGGCGGAACCAUGCGGGGUCCGGAGGGGUUGGCGAGGCUGCUGUACCUCGCCGCCCUGCUCGUCGCCAGGACGUGGGAAGCCCGCCUGCACCCCAAGCAAGGUAAAAGAGCCGGCCGGUUCGAAGAGCGCGCCCGCCCGGGCUCGGGCACCCGCGCGAAAAGCCCCGCAGGUCCCCGGCCACUCGCCUCACGCCCCUCUCCGCCAGCAGCCGCUUUCUAGGAACCCGAGGCUUUGGCGCUGCGCUGGCGGAGGAGGAGGAGGGACAGCGGCGUGAGGCGAGCGCGCGUGCGCGUGGGGAAGGCGCCUCGCACGUGCGGGAAAAGCGCGCGGCGCGCGCUGAGGCGAAGGCAGAGCCCGGCUGGGGCUGGGCGCUUGUCUCUUUCAGGUGCAUUCCCGCCUGGAAGGCCUUUUUCUCCCCGUCCUCGUACAUGGUUACACUAUGGCAGACAGGCCAGAGCAAAAAACAUUUCAGGCACCCAUAAGAAAGACAUUGUUGUGUGGAAAAUACUAAUAAAAUUCAUUUAUUUAAAAAAGAAAGAAAAAGAAAGAAAGACAUUUGUCCUGGGUUGUGUUUGGAGUUAGUUAUUCAGUGGGAAAAGAAGAGCAGUGCCUGUUCCUGCUGGCCUUCUUUUAUUCUUGCAUGGACGUCAGAAUUAAUUCAUAAGCCCCUGAGGAAAUAACAUUUCCUCACUUUUAUAUCAUAGGAUGUGUUUUGGAAUAUGCUAGACCUUCAGUGUUAACUCAGCUAAGUUUUACUCCGGGUCAGCCCACUGAAUUAGCAUGAUUAACUUAGGCUCGUUAAUUUUUAGUAUGUGUUCUCUGAGCAAAAUUUAAUCAGUUAGCACCCAAUGAAUGCUAGAAAGAGCCCUGAGAUUUUGGACUGGUUUUAUUCAUCUGGUGACUUAACAUCAUCAUUAUUCAAGUUUUAAAAUGGUGCAUAGGAGCGUAGCCAGAAAAUAGCCUGUAUUGUAUUGUUAGGAAGGUCAGGUAUGAGUGAAGCAAAAGCCAUUGUUUUUGCCCUUUGUAUAUUGAUGAUGCAUGUAUUGCGCCAUUGUUAGUUUGUACAUCUUUUUCAAACCAUGACGACCGAAAGAUUGAGUCAGAGAAUUGGGCCGACUUAGCUUAUUACUGUCUACACCAGGCAUGGCCAAACUUGGCCCUCCAGCUGUUUUGGGACUACAACUCCCAUCAUCCCUAGCUAACAGGACCAGUGGUCAGGGAUGAUGGGAAUUGUAGUACCAAAACAUCUGGAGGGCCAAGUUUGGCCAUGCCUGGUCUACACUGACCGGCAAUGGAUCGCCAAAGUGCUUGACCAGGGCUUUUGCCCCAAUCCUAUCUGGAGUUGGUGCAUGUGCAGAUUAUUUGCUCAACCUCUCUGCUUUCAAAAGGGCAGAUUGUAUUGCACUGGUUUUCCCAAAGAACAGAAAGUCUAGCCUUGUCUCCUUUGGUAGGCAGCAGACUGUGAUGAGGCCCAUGCCUGUAUCAGGAAUCUGCACCAUAUUCAAAGUGUGUACCUUUGCUGUUUUGUUGCAGAGACUUUGGUGAAACAUCUGCCGUCCUAUGAAAUAGUGACACCUACGCGGGUGAAUGAAUUUGGAGAAACUUUUCCUCAUACUCACCACUUCAAAAGGAGGAAAAGGAGCAUGGAGACAGGUGUGGAACCCAUCCCUUUCAGGACUCACUACCGCCUCAGUGCCUAUGGACAGGUAUUCCAGCUGAAUCUGAGUGCUGACACCAGCUUCAUCGCUCCUCACUAUAUUGAAGUACAUGUGGGGGCCACUGAAAGGCAGCCCCCCUCAGAUUUGCGCCACUGCUUCUACCGUGGGCAUGUUAAUGCACAGGAAAUGCACACAGCAAUCUUCAGCAUUUGUGGUGGCUUGGUAAGUACUGUGUUUCUUUCAUUCAGGUUUGUUCUGUCUGAAUGAGAGAGUUGACUUGUUGGACAGCUGGCUGCUGAAGUGGAGGUUUUAUGGGUUGCUGACCAUAAAGGAAAGAGAUUCUGAAGCACUGUUGGCUUCAAAUAGAGAUGAUAUUCUUUGGGAUACAUAUAUGGCGUUUAUAUAUAAUAUCUACAUUUACCUUAAUGGCAUUCUGUCUGAUAUCAUGAACUUUGUAAAAUGCAACAAAACUGUGUUGCGGUUUGGGAUUCUGGCAGUCUUCUUUUCUCUGUCCAAAGUAUGAUGCUGGAAUUCAGUAGAGUAUACCUUUUCCAAUAGGGUUGCCAUAUGGCCUUUUUAAACAGAGUCUGGGCGGAAAUCGCUUAAAUGUUGGAAAUCGCAUAAAUGUCGGAAGUGUAGAUUUUGGUUAAUUUCAUUAAAAAUAGCUGAAAAACUUGUGUUUUGUUUUCUGAGAUUUUGCAAACUCAGAAGGGAUUAUAAAGAACCGUUGCAGCAUACAUGGUGUGUCACUUCAAUUCAAGUUUCGUCCGUCCUACUCACUAGGGAAAGUGCUCCCCACCACUAGCAAAUUGCAAGGCUUUAUUCACAUUUUUUAAAAACAGAUUGGAAAUUAAGGCUGAGAAGUGAUGUAUCCAAGACCAUGCAACAGCCUGUGCUAGGGCUUGGAAGCAGAACUCUCAGGUCCCAUGUGCUAUCUGCUAUCUAAAAAGUUACUGUGUUGCCUAUGGGUGUGAUAUUUGAGCACUUUCUACAGCCAGCUAGCCCUUCUGAGCCUCGAUUCAUCUCCAAAAAGUGGAUUCAGCAUCUGCUGCUGAAUAACUCAGGUCUUUUGAAUUUCAGCCCGUGUUUCAUAUUUCCAGCUAUGACUUAAUUUAUGUCCAAAUCUACUUUUAGCAAUGUCAACAGAUUAACUACAAUUUUAAGUUCUUUUUAAGGAAGUUUAUUUGAGAUCUGAGCUAUGGAAGACUGAAACUCUUUGAGUGCUGGAAUCUUGAAAAGAAUGGGGGAAUCCAGCUAAUGCACUUUUGUACACUUUUUGACAUAAGGCUUUACUGGUACAUGGAUGAAUGGAGUUAAAUAGACUAUAUUUUGCAAGCCAUUUAAACCUACAAAGGCAUUUCCACUGUGAGUUCCAGCUGUGUUUUGCUGCGAUGGUACUUAAGGCGAACAGAGGGUUAUGGAAAGGUCCAUUGAGCAUGUGUCCAUUGAGGUCCAUUGAGCAUGUGUAAAUGUCCUGUGAGUGCAGUUUUUGGCCACAGGAGGGCUGCUGAGAGGGGAUGGGUCAGUGGCAAGAAAUCCCCAUGCAUGAAAAGUGAUGGGGUAAAUGCAAAGGGUGAAUGGAUUGUAUCCUGUGUAAUUUCUGUUGAAAUGAUUGGCCUUCUAGUGUUUUAACUGUUUCCUAAGAACCAUUUGGCUCUUUUAUUGAAAGCUAUUUAUAUUAUUUCAGGGAUGCAGGUGGCGCUGUGGUCUAAACCACAGAGCCUAGGGCUUGCCGAUCAGAAGGUCAGCAGUUCGAAUCCCCGCUACGGGGUGAGCUUCCGUUGUUCGGCCCCAGCUCCUGCCCACCUAGCAGUUCAAAAGGACAUCAAGUGCAAGUAGAUAAAUAGGUACUGCUCUGGUGGGAAGGUAAACGGCAUUUCCGUGUGCUGCUCUGGUUCGCCAGAAGUGGCUUAGUCAUGCUGGCCACAUGACCCGGAAGCUGUCUGCAGACAAACGCCGGCUCCCUCAGCCUAUAGAGCGAGAUGAGCGUGCAGCCCCAGAGUCAUCCAUGACUGGACCUAAAGGUCAGGGGUACCUUUACCUUUACCUUUAUUUAUAUUAUUUACACAAAACCCCUUAUUUAUUAUUGGUAUUAAUCACAUUAGGAUUUCAUUUUAUUUACUAUUAUUUCCUAGGAAGUAGAAUUGAUGGUGCAAUUGGUGCUUAAUCUAUACACAUGUUUCAGUAGUUGUUCUAGUAUCUCUUCCUGCCCUUUGCUGAAGUGCAUUUAUGGCUCAAAGUGUGUUGAGAUUCAUGAUCUAGAGUUACGCAUAUUUAAGACGUGAAAGUUUGUGGCUUGCCACUUUGGCUUGUUUCCUGAGAACUAUUGCAGCCCCCAUUUCUCAAUUUCCAUACUAAGAGAUACAUUAUGAGCAUACAGUAACUUCAAAAUAGGAUAUUGCUGUUGUGGUUUCAGUUUGUCUUAUUCGUUAUAGUUUAACAAUGUUGUAUCUUCUAGCUUUACUAUUGCCUCUUAUCAGUAAACAAAAUUAGAUUUAAUAGAAUCAUAGAAUUAAUAGUUGGAGGGGACCUGGAGAGUCAUUUAGUCUAAUCCUCUGCAGUGCAGGAACCUCAGCUAAAGAAUCCAUUACUCCCAGCACAUUUCUGAGCACAAUCCAAAGUGUUGCUGCUGACCUUUAAAGCCCCAAAGGGCUUCGGCCCUGUAUACCUGAAGGAGCAUCCCCACCCCUCAUCUUUUAGCCUGGACACUGAGAUCCAGCUCCGGGGGCUUUCUGGCAGUUCCCUCAUUGUGAAAAGUGAGGUUACAGGGAACCAGGCAGAGGACCUUCUUGGUAGUUUUGCCCACUCUGUUGAACACCCUCCCGUCAGAUGUCAAGGAAAUAAACAACUAUCUGACUUCUAGAAAACAUCUGAAAGCAGCCCUGUAUAAGGAGGUUUUUAAUGUUUGAUGUUUUCUGUAGUUUUAUAAUUUGUUGUUAGCCUCCCAGAGUGGCUGGGACAACUCAGCCAGAUGGGUGGCAUAUAAAUAACAUAAUCAUUACCAUUAUCAUUUCAUUUUGGGUGAAGAGAGAGGCAGCUCCUCUCUCUGUCACCCAAUAGCAUUUCUCCAUCUUCACUCAAGGGACCUAUUGCUUGCUUGUUCUUCCUCUUGCUUUGAACGUAGCCAAAGAAACCCUUUUUAUUUGACAAAUCUGAGUCUGCUACACAGAAAAUCUGUAAUUAUCAACCUACCUGUAACCUCCCUUCCAUGCUUCUUAAUACAGAAGUUGAGAAAUUGGGGUUGGGCGAAAUGCUAAAGGGUUGGUAAUGGUCUCUACCCAUGACAGACACCCUCCCUCACCCUUGUUCUUCUUUCACAAGGCAGCAGAAAAAACCUAGGACACAGGUGUGGUCCUUGGCAGCCAGGACUCUAACUCUGGCUAUGAGGAAUCAAACUGUAUCUUUAUUGCCUAUUCCCACCCCAGGGUUAGAGGUGAUGUGAGUUGUAGUCUACCCACACAUUUCCCAUAUUUGCUCUAAAGGCCUCUCAGGCAAAGGUAGUCUUGAAUUGGCUCAGCACUUAACACCUAAUGUUUAGCAGAAAUCGUCCAAGCUUUUGAAGGAUCGUCUAACUGAUUUGGGGCGGGGGAUACGUAUCUUUUUCUACCCUAUCUCUCUUCCCAUGAGUUCCUCGUGAGUACCCACGUUUAUGCCUUUGUUACCUAAUGAAUGUUCUGCAUUCUGUUUUCAUUCUACACCAUAUGAGGAAGUAUUUCCAAACCAGACAAACCAGGAUUGCAAGAGCGCCAAACCAUAGUUUGAUAUUAAAUCCAAACCAAUCCAUGUCUUCAGGAUUUGUAAAUCCUUCAAAAUAUCAAUAACCAAGUUGUGUCAUUAUCAAGUGGCAUCAUUUUUUUGGAGUUAUGGGGAUGCAGUCUUAUUUUGUAGAAGGCUAGUUAUAUUAAUAUCAAUAAUUAUAUAAUAAGCAGUGUGAAAAUGAUUCCAGAUGAAAAAAUCUUUCCUCCUUUUGUGCCAAACCCUGAUACAUUAGAGAACAGUUCCUUUCAUUAUUGCAAUUGAAGUAUGAGAAGCUCCUUUGAUUGAUUUGAUGACAAUUAUGUCACACAGUUUCACAUAUUUGUGAGGAACUGCAAUGGAUCAUUGCUGUAAAUGUCAGAGGAAGAAAAAAAUAGGACUUAAAAAAGCCUACAAGAAGUUUACAAGCUAAGAUUUCAAACAUAUUCUGAAUGUGCAUGCAAUUUGCCUGAAAAUAAUCGGAUAUAUAGUUACUUGAGUAGAGUAUAUUAUCAUAAUUCUGCAUUUGUCCAAGCCUGUUUAUAUAAACAGAGUUUAUAGCAGUGGCAGGACUGAAGGUCUAGGCACCGUGACUGCAGUCCUUCACUCAAAUAUAUGUACUCAACACUGAAAUAAAUGAGAUACAUUCAUUACUGUUCACUGUGGGUUCCAGUGUGCAAUAUUACAUGUACUUAUCUGGGAGUGAGCCCCUUUUAACAAAAAGUCAUUUACUUCUGAGUAGUCAUGUUUAGGGGUGUACUGUUAAGAGGGCACUUCUACAAGCACUGCUUCAGAUAUGACAAAAUUCCUCUGUGGAAAGCACAUCUAAUGAAAAUCUAUGUGUGGGUUGCCAGGUGUAAACAUACCAUAUUAUUUAACAUUUUCUUCAUAGAAUCAUAGAAUUGUAGAUUUGGAAGGGACCUCAAGGGUCAUCAAGUCCAACCCUCUGUAUUGCAGGAAUCUCAGCUACAGCAUCCAUGACAGAUGGCCAUCCUACCUCUGCUUAAAAACCUCUAAGGAAGGAGAGUCCACAACCUCCUGAAGGAGACCAUUCCACUGUCAAACAGCUUACAUGGCAGUGUUUUUGCUGUGUGUGCAUGCACACAAACACACUGAAGGGGUCCUAAGCAUAUGAUAAGUACUUCUUGAAUAAAUGCUGUGGGCUAACUAGAAACAUUUCUUAAAGAUGUGAUUCAGUCAUGCAAUGUGCAUACGUUCUGGCAUGCAGAUGUUAGAAGGGAAUGACUGAGAAGGGAGCUAAGGGGAAAAAUGGAAAUAUGUAUCAGUGCUGUAACCAAAGGACACAGGAGUUAUUUGCAAUGACACGUGUCUGAUCAUUUGCGGGCAGGCAGACAUAAUUUUGAAUUCAUUCUAGACGCCACAAGCUAACUACAUUUUUCUAAGUUCUAUAUUUUUCUUUUACUUUCACUUCAUUGGUCAGUUUUAGCUUCCUACAGAAAUGGGCAACCAGAUCUGCUGAGGAUUUCAGUGGCUGCAGGUGGAUCAAAAUGGCCUCUUAAACAUAGUCCAGAGAGGAAACAAAGAGGUAAAAUAUAUUAAUUCUUAUUAAACUUAGUUGUCACCAAAGUCUGUUAAGAAAUGCAGGGUGAAGUAUACAAUUGACCACAAUACAGUCUUUCUUCAAUAGGACAGUCACUAUUUAAAGGGGGGGAAAGAGUCCUUUCCUAAUGUAAAAGGCCUUGCUUCUUGGAGAAUCUGGUGUUACUCUUGGCAGACACAAUAAAUCUGGUGAAUCAUCUACCUGUAAUUAAACCAGUUUUAUGGUCACAUAUUACCUCACUUUUCCAUAGUUCCAGAUGUUGUGGAUCUAAUUCUGCUAUAUGUGGUUAAGAUAUCUAAAUGGUCCCAUGAUAUUGCUAGUUGCUUGAAAGAUACAGGGCACAGACCCGUAGACACAAAUCUGCAUAAUAUCUGCAUAUGCCAAGUUAUAUCUGUUUAUGCAAAUGUAUAAUUUAAAUGUUACAAAAGGCAAGCUCACUAAUUUUCGAUCAGGAUAACCUCUAUAUAUUCAGUUAAUUCAGAGUAAGUUCAUUUGCAUCCCACUCUAGUUCACCUGAAAUCCGUUCAUCUUUUAAUUCAUUUAUCCAAAACUAAUUUCCUCACAGGUCCUGCUCCAAAUAACUCUUAAUUCCAUUUGACUAACACUUCUCCAUCACUCCCAAAUCAUCUAGGAAAAGCCAUCUUAAAUUUAUUCCCUCUAAUUUAUAUCCUCCAAAAUUCAUUAUCCACUCAGAAACAUUUGGUUGACUCAGAAAAAUACAUGGGCCUUGUGCAUUAUGGGUCCACCCUUACUUGAUCUAUGUAGGUCUGGGUCUCAUUUGUGUCGUCAUGAUAUACUCAGCGAACCUUAAGGAAAGGUUACUGCACGGCGAAUGAUCCAUUUUGUUAUACAGGGUCAAAAUGACUAUAGUGCUGCUAUUACCACUGCUGCUGCUGCUAAAUAAUUAUUUGAUACUCAUAGUCUGCUAGAUGCCUGUGGUCUGUAAGAUCAUGUUCUAAACAUAGAAAUGACACAGCCCUACUGAAAAUGCCUUCAGACAAUCUAGUAGGUGGAAAAUGUGGUAUUAGAAUCAGGUGGCAUAGUAUUUGUGGCAUGUCCGAGUCGAAAGCUGGAUAUUUCUCCUGCAGGAGCUGUUAUUCUGUCCAGUUUUGACAAAACAGUAUGAAUUAUUUCUUUAUUUCUUUAUUAAACAACCUUCAUGAAAAGCAGUGAGCAUACAGUCUUCAGCAUUGAUGAGAGUCUGAUGACUGAGUUACUUCUCUACAAGAAAACACAUUUCCAGUGUUGUGGCUUCAUAAUUUAAAAUCUAGGAGGUGCCACUUUAGUAAAAGAUGCAAUAUUUAUUGUUUGCGAGGUCUGCUAGGAGGUUUUGUUCUGUGGUGUCUUUGUAGUUCUCCAUUACAGAAAAUGUUAGGGCUCAAGAUUUAUGUCUAAAUGGUGUUUGUGAUACCAUAGGUCAGGAUCGCAUUGUUAGUAAUCAUUGCAAUUUUUAGUUGAGUCCAUAAUUUUGAAUUAGAAAAUUUUCCUAAGUAAAUUUGCAUAUAGUAAUUUGUAUUGUAGAUUUUCAGUUUUCAUUGGAAAAAGUUCUGAGACCCUAGAAGGUUAUUUACUUCAGCAUGUUUGUUUUAUUUGUACUGUAUUUCGUAAACAAAGCUAACUACUUUGUAACUAACCGUAUUGCAUAAUAUUUAUUUGCAAUUCAUACCCAUUCAUUGUUACUGAGGAACUUCAAAAAUGGAGAAUUUACCUUGGAAAAAUAAAGCAUUGGGAAAUUUUCUGCUACACAUGACUGGCUGCAACUGAGUGUUGCUCUUUCCCCCCCAAGUAUUAGCAGCUAUUUUAUCAAAUAAUAAAAAUAAAGGCACUGGUGGGAAUUACUCCAGUGAUGAACUCCAUAUUUGUAUUAACUGAGAAAAAGAAUACCUGUGACUGACUUUUUUCUGUAGAUAAGGAUAACACAUUAUGAUGAAGUGGGUUUUUGCCCAUGAAAGCUUAUACCCCAAUAAAGCUGUUAGUCUUUAAGACACCAUAAAACUCUUUGCUGUUUUUGCUAGAACACAAUUAUUGCUCUAGAAUUAAGAAUUUUACAAACAUUUUCACACUAAUCUUUACUGCAUGGUAUGUUUUGCUUGAAUCCUUUUGUUUAUUUUGUUUCAGUUUUGAAUUGGUGGGCUGUGCAUCAGAAUUUUAUAACCGCUUGAUUGUAAAAACCCUCAAAGUAUUAGGAAUUGCUUUAAAGACUAUUUGUGAAGUUGCUUUCAAUUUCACAACUUUUGUUGUUGAAGCUGUUAGCCACAACAGUAUUAGAUAAUGCACACUAUAACGUAACGAACUAUAUAUUUUCACUUUAUACAGUAGAAUUAGUGUUGGAGUUAUGUGAGACUUCAUUAAAGUAGUAGUAGUUGUAGACAGAAAGCUGUUGUAACAAACUAGUUGAUGUAAGAAUUUUACAUGAAUAUAUGUGGGUAACAACUUGCUUAUCAUUUAGUAUUUGAGUUAGUGAUUGCGCCUAACUUACAUAUAGAACCAAUUAUAUAGUAAUAGUUUAGGGAUAUACUCAGUAAAUAGUGUAAUUAUAUGUCCCUAGGUGGCACUGAACUUUGCGGUAUCUGAGCGGACUCAGGAAUUUCCUGUUGCUGUUUUGAUAUUGUUGAGGAGAGAUGAUACAUUUCUUAUGUAGCUUAUUGACUGGUCUAAGCCUUCCAUGACAUGCAUUGCAAGGCAGUAAGAAUACCAGUAUUACUGGGCAUACUGGGAACUAGUUUAACCAGUGAAGCUCUUGGCAAUAAGUUGUGAAGUGUCUGGGGAUGGGGCUUCUCUGUGUGACCUGGAAAUAUAUGCAUGACAAGAUAUGUGCAGUUUGACUGAUGUGAUUAUAUGAGUCAUCAAAAAAGCAAGAAGUGGAAGAAAGACUUAUCGAAUAAAUUUAUUUAUUUAAGAGUUUUGUGUACCACCUUUUGGCAGUAGCCCCAGUGUGGUAAAUGGUGUCAAAAGUCACCAAGAUGUCAAAGAGGACCAACAUUUUUAUUGCCUGUUCCUCCCCCAGCACAGGGCACCAAGCAGUUUGAGUACCCCAAACCAGACUUGAAACCAGAUUGAAAAUCAUUACUGUCCAAGCUGAAGCUGCCCCAUCAUCACCUUUUGGGUGUAGAUGAAAGUGGCUUUGGGGAAGUGACCUCAUGGGUCUAUUAGGGUCCCAUGCCCAGUUACAUUUGGCUAAUAAUAAUAAUAAGAAGAAGAAGAAGAAGAAGAAGAAGGCUGAUCGCUGAAGAAUUGAUGCUUUUGAAUUAUGGUGCUGGAGGAGACUCUUGAGAGUCCCAUGGACUGCAAGAAGAUCAAACGCAUCCAUUCUUAAGGAAAUUAGCUCUGAGUGCUCACUGGAAGGACAGAUUGUGAAGCUGAGGCUCCAAUACUUUGGCCACCUCAUGAGAAGAGAAGACUCCCUGGAAAAGACCCUGGUGUUGGGAAAGAUUGAGGGCACAAGAAGAAGGGGACGAUAGAGGUCGAGAUGGUUGGACAGUGUUCUCGAAGCUACAAACAUGAGUCUGACCAAACUGCGGGAGGCAGUGGAAGACAGGAGUGCCUGGCGUGCUCUGGUCCAUGGGGUCACGAAGAGUCGGACAUGACUAAAUGACUAAACAACAACAACAACAACAACAAAUAAAUUAAUAAUAAUAAUAAUAAUAAUAAAUUAAUUAAUUUGUACCCCACCCAUCUGGCUGGGUUUCCCCAGCCAAUCUGGGCGGCUUCCAACAGAACACUAAAAUACAAUAACCUAUUAAACAUCAAAAGCUUCCCUAAACAGGGCUGCCUUCAGAUGUCUUCUAAAAGUUUGGUAGUUAUUUUUCUCUUUGAUAUCUGGUGGGAGGGCGUUCCAGAGGGCAGGUGCCACUACCUAGAAGGCCCUCUGCCUGGUUCCCUGUAACUUGGCUUCUCGCAGCGAGGGAACCGCCAGAAGGCCCUCGGCGCUGGACCUCAGUGUCUGGGCAGAACGAUGAAGGUGGAGACGUUCCUUCAGGUAUACUGGACCGAGGCCAUUUAGGGCUUUAAAGGUCAGCACCAACACUUUGAAUUGUGCUCGGAAGCGUACUGGGAGCCAGUGUAGGUCUUUCAAGACCGGUGUUAUAUCACCUUGGCGGCUGCUCCCAGUCACCAGUCUAGCUGCCGCAUUCUGGAUUAGUUGUAGUUUCCGGGUCACCUUCAAAGGUAGCCCCACGUAGAGCGCAUUUCAGUAGUCCAAGCGAGAGAUAACCAGAGCAUGCACCACUCUGGUGAGACAAUCUGCGGGCAGGUAGGGUCUCAGCCUGCGUACCAGAUGGAGCUGAUAAACAGCUGCCCUGGACACAGAAUUGAUCUGUACCUCCAUGGACAGCUGUGAGUCCAGAAUGACUCCCAGGCUGUGCACCUGGUCCUUCAGGGGCACAGUUACCCCAUUCAGGACCAGGAAGUCCCCAACACCCACCCGCCUCCUGUCCCCCCAAAACAGUACUUCUGUCUUGUCAGGAUUCAACCUCAAUCUGUUAGCCGCCAUCCAUCCUCCAACUCCUCCAAUAGACAAGAAGUUUGCCGCCCCUUCCUUAGGCAAACAAGUAAAACCGUCCUGAAAUGUGACAUUCUUCUUCCACGGAGUGUUGUUCUGCCAUUUUGUAUUCUCCUGUUUUAAGUCUUGUUUAUUUAAUAUAGCCUUCAGCAAUUGUUCCUCUUUUGGUAAUAUUUAAAGAUCUCACAUUCAUUCCAAAGGAUCUAUUCAGUUUUUUCAUUCAUAGAAUUUUGAACUGAUUAUAUUAACAGAUAGUAAAGUUAGAAGGGUAACGGUAUUAUUGUAUACAUGAGUACAUGCACAAAAUUUCACACUCAUUUUGCAAAAGCGUAAUGGCUUGGCACCAGAAAGCCCUGCACUCCUGUAUAUACGCGUUAAUCCUAUUAUGUGACCUGGUUAGUAAAACUGACUUUGCUGUCCAAUGCUAAAUGUUGCUUAACCCAAUUUUUAGGCUAGUGGCUAGGUUCAGAACAUGAUCCAGGGUAAAAUCUAUACAUUGUUCUUUUUGUGCCUGGCAGGUUUCAGUGGAUUGCCUCCAUGUUUCCUUUUGUGUGCGAGUUUAAUAUUGUUUUUGUUAAGCAUGAGCACAGGUUAUUGUUUUCAGAGUCAGCACACCUUCUUGCCAAACUGUAAAAUGUUUUCAACACAUCAUUUUUCUAUCUCUUUAACUUGGAGACUGAGAAGAUCCUUCCAGCAUGCAUUCUAUUAUUUAGUAUGCACAAAUGAAAGGGCUUUUGUCCCCUUCAUGCAUGUACAAUUCCUAUUGAAGUAAAAGAGGUUUAAACUUGUAGAUGGAAAGGCAGAAUUUGACCUCAUGGCUAUGUAGUGGGCUUUAAAGCAGCCUUUGAUAGAGUUGUGGUCUGUUGCUCUACAAAGGAGUAUUUGACUUGAUUCAACUGAUGAUUUAUCCUGGAGUGCUAAGCUUGUUUGUUAUGUGCUUUUGUUUACAGCACAUUGCAUUCACCGUUUUAUCACAUAGUGCAGUGAUAUUAAAAUUCUAUUUGAAGUGAAUGCAUUUAGAAACGCAGCCUCCCUGCCCCAUCAUGUAUAAUUCUUUAUAAACAGCAGGGGUAAGAAACCCUUGGUCCUCUCUCAAUAGGCAAAUUGAGACCUUCGCUCACUUGCCAUGUGGGUUCUUGCAAGGUCACCAUAGCCUUUAUUAAUCUGAUCCUGCCUUUUCUCUCUCCGCUGAUUCCCAUGCAUGUCCUAGUAGGCUGUGUCAGUCAGGAAUGAGAGUUUCUGGGGGACAUGAACAAAGCUUGGUUUAUUAAUGUUUUCUGAUGAGAGAACCUGGCUGCAUAAGCAGCUGUGUGGGCCAGAGUGUAUUGAGUCAUAAUUCACCAAAAUCCAAAACCUAUUUAAAAGAGUUACUGCUGAAAACAGAUAGAAAAAAGAUAUCUCUUGUUUGUAUGGGGAAGAGGAAUGCAGGAGUCUUUGUUUUGCCUCAUUCUGGGAAGAAAAAGAGGCAACUUGUCUAUUUUGUUCCAUUCUUAAAAUUAUGACUUACAGAUAGAUCAGUCAAUAAGGUAGGCAUCUCCACCUUACCUUUGUGCAUACCUGGGAUAUUUAUUUUGAAAAUAGCAAGAUAGUUUGUGCAAGUGUAUGUUUAUUUGUGCGUGUGCUAGUGCAGAAGUGUGUAACCACCUUUCUACAAAUGGUCUUUAGCCAUUCGAAUAUGUUUUUCCUGUCUUCAUAUAAUCCAUAAUACUGUAAAGCCAUUUCAAAAUCAAUGUCAGGUUUUUUUGGUCAUUAUGACUGAAUUGGGAUGUCAUAGUUCCCCUGCUGCAGACUUGCCAGUUGUGUGUGUGUAUGCCAUCUUGAGCAAACACUCUUUGCCUGUGUAGAUGAUGACAAAACACUUAUCUGAAAUAGCUGUUCAUGUCUUCAUCAUGUUUAGAGUUACAUGGCCUUGGAACUUGUUUAUGUUCACUGGUUAUAAUGUUUUAAUUGUAGAAAUGCCAUGCUGAAGAUACUGGAUGGCCAAAACUAACGUAUUAUUUAUUGCAAGCAUUUAUAGCCUGUUCUUCAUCCAAUGUUUCCAGGGCGGAAAAUACAAAUACAAUAAGACAACAACAAGAUAAACAAAAAUCAACAUCAUCAAUAAACAAUUGAUAGUAAACAUCUGCGAUAAAACCGCAGCAACAAAAUCAGAAAUCAGGACAGUGCGAUAGAAGGUGCUAUCAGUACCUAAUGUACUUUAUCCCUCCUGAAAGGCCUGAAUGAGUAGGUGUAUUUUCACCUGUCAGCAGACGUAAGAGCAUGAUGCACCUCAGAGGGGUGACCUCAUUCUAUCAGCACCGAACCAUCAUCUUGGACUCAGCUACAUUAGUCGAAAAACAGCAUUUCAAAUGUGUUAUAAGCAUGCAACACUAGUUGAUGCUGUGAGCACAAAGCUUUUCUAUGUAAUUUUACAUAGUGUGUUUUUUUCUUUUGUUAUAACGAUUUAAAUUAUAGCUUAUUUAUAGUGGUUUCUGCCCCUGUGUGUAGAUCCAUCCCUCAUUGAAGUACAUAUUUUCAAAGGAAAAACUUUACCCAUAAGUUCAUACUCUUGGAUUUAUAACCUUCAAAAAUGCUUCCUGAUUCUCUGAAUGCAUUAAUUUUCCAGUUCUUGGUUCCAGAAUAAUAUUUCAUUUACUGGACAACCCUUUAUUCAGCUUUAUAUUUUUGUUCAAUAAUCCUGAUCAGAGACCACCAGACUCUCUAACAUCCUCUUCAAGCUUGCUCUGGCUGAAGAUUUGUUAUUGUUAAUCAGCCCCAUCUUCCUCUCACCUGGGGGUCAUUAUACAGUGACUGACAAUUCCCCAAGAGCCAUCUUUCAAUUACUUACAGCUGUCCUUGGAGGCCCAAGUCUACCAAAACCCAUGGCAGCCUGCCAUAGCUACUUUUCUGAGUUUUGUUUCACAUAAAUCUCACAGUAUUACAAAAUGAGCAGCCAGCAAUUGCUGUUACAUAAACUGCAGUUUUCCAAGUUCUUGGAAGAAUUAAGGCUGAAGAAUUGGACUCAGUGGGAUAUCCUCUUGCUUGGGAAAAUAACAGACAAGUCAAAAAGUGGAAGCAGCAAGAAGGCAAGAGAAGAAGCCUUGCUGGAUAUAAGCAAAGAAGUAAACAGGAUGCUUCCAUACCAUCAAAUGAAAUAAUUUUCUCUGCUGAUGAAAAUAAAAGAACAAAUACAGUGGUACCUCAGGUUACAUACGCUUCAGGUUACAUACGCUUCAGGUUACAGACUCCGCUAACCCAGAAAUAGUCCUUCAGGUUAAGAACUUUGCUUCAGGAUGAGAAGAGAAAUCGUGCUUUGGGGGCGCGGCGGCAGCAGGAGGCCCCAUUAGCUAAAGUGGUGCUUCAGGUUAAGAACAGUUUCAGGUUAAGUACGGACCUCCGGAACGAAUUAAAUACUUAACCCGAGGUACCACUGUACCUGAUGUCCAAGAUGGAAAUGAUGGAACUUAUGAAUUGACUUUAGGAAAACCAAGUAAACCUUCCACUUCUAAUAAAAAGGCAGAGUACAACAUCAUUAGAAAUACAUAAUGUUGCUAUGCAGAGCAUCGGAUAGGGUGUUAGCCUUCGUGCCACAGCUGCUAUCACCACAACCACCUUUAUGGAUGCUGGCUUGAUCACUGAGAGGACAAGAGAUUUGAGUUUAUCACAAUAAAGUCAAGAGACCCCAAUAAAAAGUUAUGUAGUCUCUGGAUCAGGAAUUGGAUCAUCUUUGUCAGAAGGGUGAAAAUGACUGCAUCUCCUCUGAUGGUCACAAAGAUACUGCUAAAGUUAUGCUGAAAGCAGACAAUUCAAAUCAGCAGUUCCCCAUUUCCCCGGCAUCAGAACAGCAUUAUUCUGUGUGCAGUGAACCAGGUGAAAGAUAUCUCUACUUUUCGCUCUGGAAAAAGGCUCAAAGAGAGAAAAACCAGCUGGUUAUUGCUAAUGAUCUUGUAGAUAUUAUAAAGACGAAGGGCAUUGGUAAGAGCCUGCAGGCCAUUGAAAGUGAUUCUACAAAUGCUAACAUGGCUGGGACCAUGUUACCAUGCAGUGGAUACAGGUCAAGAUUGGUCGUAAGCUUGAUCUGGUUGGUUUGUGCUCUCCACACCAAUGACUUACCCUUAAGACACUUGAUCACAACACUUGAUGGGAAGACCUUAUCUAACAACAAGUGGACAGGUAACAUUGGCAAGAUACUAGACACUUCUACAUAACUUGAAAUUGAGCUUUCAUUCACCAAACUCUCAAUUGGAGAGCCUCUUACUUCACUGAUUGACAAUGUUGUAAAGGAUCUGUCUACUGAUCAAGCAUACAGGUAUCAGAUCACACAUGCAAUAAGGAUAGGAAAACUUCCCACAGAUCUGGCCCUUCUUGAAAUUGGUUGAACGAGCCAUUCAAGGUGGUUAACAACAGCAAACAAGCUUUCCUGCAUAUGAGUUUCAAAACAUGGCCUUAAAGGCAAAACCCUCAACAACUUAAGACUGAUAGUGGAAUACGUGGUUUGUAUGUACUACCCCUGCUGGUUCAACAUCAAAGUAAAAUAUUAUUGGGUGGAAGGCCCACACCACAUUGUGUUUCAGCUGCUGCAAUUUAGGCUGCAAAAGCAGGCUAUAGUGGAUGCUGUUUUGCCAACCAUCCAGAGCUCAGCAUGGUAUGCAUUCAGCAUAAUAAUAAAUCAGACACUCUUGUCCUCAGGUGACAUGAAUUCUCACUGACCAAAGUUUCUAGAGAAAAUGAAAAGGUUCAUAAAGCAAAACUAUAAUACCUUAACACACAUUUCAGUGUUGUUAUAAAAUAAGAAUGUAGAUCUGUAAUUGUACUACUACAGAGUUCCAGGCAGGAAUAAAUAGUGCAACUGUUUCUAGAAUUUCGUGCCUGGUACAUCAGAAGCAUUUUGUUCAGUUCCAAAAAAUGCUAUAAAUGAGAGCGAUUAAUUUAAUUUACAUUCUUAGUAUACAAUAAUUAAUUUUAAAAGUUAGAUAUGACACUCAGAUAAAGGCUCUUGUAGAUGACUGGUGUAACUAUCUGCAGUACAGUCACUUGUAAAUUAGCAGAAUUUGCAACUCACUUAUUCCGAUGAUAAUUUAAUUUGUUAAUUGAUGUGUUUAACCCAGAUUCCACUAAAUAUGCAAUACUUUUUCUAGAAAUAAUUUCAUUAGAAUUGUAAGCUUUGGUUUCUAAUCUACAUUUAUCUUUGCUUUCUUGAAACGACCUACAAGUAUAAUAAUGAAAUCCUGGGCAUGUCUUCUGGCUUCCAUGUGUUCGGAAGUUCCUGGACAUAGAUGGGAUUCGUCCAUCGAAGAGAUUUCCUUCCACCCCCUCCCCCCAAAAAAGAAAAAGCUCAACAACUUUGCAAGCAAAAAGAAAAGAAAAAGCGUUCGACAACUUUUGUGUCUGGAUUUUCACUUUUUGAAAUACGACAAUCCUAUAAUAAGUUUGUUGGCAUGUAUUAGCUCUAGAAUUACUACAGUUAUCCAAGGAACGGUGGGAGUGAACAAAGGAACCAUAAUUGAUUACCUGUGGUCACCAUGGUAGGCACAGAAAGUACCAUCAAAAGUUGAUAGGGCAGACAUUUGAAUGUGUUGCCGCCGCCGCCACGGGGGUAUGUGUGUGUGUGAUUGACCUGAUGUUAUCUAGAAUCAUAAAAGCAGUUGGGCAAGCCUGGGUUGAUUUUGGUCUGAUAAAUGCACAUAUCCCUGGAGCUCAGCAUGAACUUUCCCCCAAAUAGCUCAAAAACAUCUCCUUUUUUUAUUUGGAUUUUGCCCCCCCCCCCACCUUUUGUGUCCAGUUUUUCACUUUUUGAAAUACGGCAACCCUAUAUUGUUCAUUCCAACAUACUCCCAGGUAAGUGCAUAUAGGAUUGCAACACCAGUGUUUCAGCAUCAUCAAAAAGCUUGAAAUCCCAGUUUUGCCUGUAAGGUUUAAAGGUAAAGGUAAAGGGACCCCAGACUGUUAGGUCCAGUCGCGGAACGACUCUGGGGUUGCGGCACUCAUCUUGCUUUAUUGGCCGAGGGAGCCGGCGUACACCUUCCAGGUCAUGUGGCCAGCAUGACUAAGCCAUUUCUGGCAAACCAGAGCAGCGCACGGAAACGCUGUUUACCUUCCCGCCGGAGCGGUACCUAUUUAUCUACUUGCACUUUGACGUGCUUUUGAACUGCUAGGUUGGCAGGAGAAGGGACCGAGCAACAGGAGCUCAUCCUGUUGUGGGGAUUCAAACCGCCGGCCUUCUGAUCUGCAAGUCCUAGGCUCUGUGGUUUAACCCACAGCGCCACCCGCGUCCCUCCUGUAAGGUUUAAGGACCAUUAAUUCAUAUAAUAAUUAAUGCAACUGUGAUUACUUUUUAAAAGGCAUUAACCUACUCACAUUUGGGUUGCUGCAGCUUCUCCAGUGACACCUUCUCUUUCGUUUUCAGAUGGGCACAUUUAAGUCCCAUGACGGUGAAUACUUUUUGGAACCUUUGAUGACAACAGCUGAAGAUGAACAAGAAGAUGACCAUAAUAAACCACAUCUAAUAUAUAAACAUGAAGAAUUUAAGAAAGAUUCUUAUCAGAAUUCCUAUAAACCUUGUGAAACUUCAGGUACAACUAAAUUUUAAACAGUGAUGGACAAUAUAUUUAUUAUCUUGUUAGAAUCACAAAUGGUUUGUUGAUAUUAUCCCAUGGUGAUACUAGUCUUCAUCAAGAUAUGCUUGUGUUUCUCUAUCAUGUUGGUGGUGUUGGGUAAGAUGCUGUAAGUCAGGUGUAGGGAACCUUUAUCCCUGCAGAUGCUGGUCAUUGGUCAUGAUUACAGGGGAGAUGCUGUAAGUCAGGUGUGGGGAACCUUUAUCCCUGCAGAUGCUGGUCAUUGGUCAUGAUUACAGGGGCUGAUGGGAGUUGUAGUUCUGCAACAACUGGAGGGUCAAAGGUUCCCUAUACCUGCUGUACAUAAUUGUUGAAGAUGAAGGGUGUAUCUAAGUAAUGAAUUCACAUUUAACAGACUUGUUACCACAUAGAAUUCUAGGAAUUGGUAUCAGACAGAGAAUUAUGUUAGAGAGCCUCACCUUUUUUCACAAAACUGCAUUUCCCAUUUCCUGUGGAGCAGGGAAAGACUGUUAAACUAGUUGAAGUCUGCAGUGUAGCUGUCCCCUCAGGAUCUGUGCUGAAGUGACAUGAUCUGCUACUGCUGGCAUCUAAGAAAGGUUGGCUGGUUAGUAAAAUACGGCUGCUCUGAUCUGUACUCAAGAAACCUGACCAGCAUUUUCUUCCAUGUUCUUUAUUAGAUGCUCCAUCUUAAAGGCUGCAGUGUCCUUUGGUAUGAUUGGACUAGAGCUGUUUUUAAAAAUUGUAUUGUGUAUUUUAGUUCCAGAGGAGAGUGGCGCUUGCAUGGAGAAUACCAAGCAGGGUUUAAUUGCAGAAUCAGGUUGGAUAAAGUUCUUGUUUAGCUUUAGAAAUUUAAUUGGAAGAUGUGAACAGGCCAUUUUCUUCCUUCAUUUAGUCUUACAUGGCUUCCUUUCAUUAAAAGGCUUUGCAGUCUGGAGGUGUGUCGUGACACUUGGCUGAUCAGGCAUCAGAUAAUGCCAAAAUACUCUCUCCCUCCCCCCUACCCCCGCCAUGUUUGGUUGGCUACUGAACAGUGUCCAUUCCUUUUCCAGGAAUUGGACCUAGCAUUUCCAGUAAUUCCUAUGUAGUGGAAAUUUGUAUGAUUUUCAAUUAGAUAACCUGGGACUGUUAUUAAAAAUGGAUAAGCGUUUGUUUGCUUUUUGAAGGAAAAGGCUUAUGUUUAUAAGUUUGGAAACAGCAAAAAUGGUAGAUACGUGCUGUUGUUUUAACAUAUGGUCUCUGAGCAGCAUCUCUCUUAACUAGAUCACAUGUGUUUUUGAGAGUUGGCACCGUUGCCAAGCGCUCAGCCUAGGGCUUGCAUACAGAUUAAGAAUAUUCUGACAAUUGUGAAUAAUGUAGAAUGCCUCUUAAACAGUAUUUUGUGAAGUAGGGCGGUAGAGAGAAAUGAAGGCAGCAUGCUUUAGGAUAUACUUUGGCCUUUCAAUUCUGCUUUGAUGAAGCAAGAUUGGCAAUUUUCUGCAAUUCAUCAUGUGCAGAAUUGUUUCUUAAUUUGAUACAUAGGACAUAAUUGUGAGGAUCUUGCUGUUGAGUGCAUUUUGUUUAAAAAGGCAUUUCUUGUAUACCGCGAUUCCUCUUAUGGUUAGGGAAAGAGGCAGCAUUGUACAGGGAGUGGAGUUUCUGUGUCCAACAUAACUAUAUGCCAAUGCUACCUCCCAACAUCACCUGCCAAUCAGACUUUUCCAUUGCCUCCUCAAAUUACUUCUCCAUUUUUUACUCACCCUGCUGCUAGAAAAUGGAAAAAUCCAAAUCCCACAAAAUCACAACUAUUGAGUUCAAAAUAAUGCAUAAUAAAUUCUGGGUGUUUAUGCAGACCUAAGCCUAAGAUUUGGCUUAAUGUUGCAUCUUAAUUCAGGAUCUUGGCUUAUCUCUCUCCAGACAAAGCAGGAGUCGUACAAGGGCUUACUAGGGUUUACAAGGGCUGUGCAUUAUGUAGCCUAUUGAGAUUUUUGGUUGUUAUGUCAUAUUUGUGACUAAUCAAACUCAGAUUGCAUUAAAUUAAAUCUAUGGCACCGCCUUCUGUUUGUGGUGUCACUCUUCUCCACCUGCAUCAGAGCAACAUCUGCUUCUCUAUCCUUUACAUUUGUCACCCCCUGGUGUCCACCCUGCAGUAUAGCUGUUUAAAAAAUUAUGGCUGCAAUCCGAUACACAUUUACGGUAACUGGAAAUCUGUUCCAUUGAACUUUGUGGGAUUUAGACAGUGCGAGUAGACCUCUAUCGGAAUUUUUAUUGCAUAUAUAAUAGUAUCAUAGGUGGUCAAGACAUAUAAUACCAGUUUUGCAAAGUGAGUCUUCAGAUUUAAUGUGUUCAUUCAUGGAAAACUAGGUAGGGAAGUGUAUGUUUAGCAAGAAGAUUGUGUCACCUUAGGAAGGUCUGUGUGGUGCAAUCCCAUGUGUAUUUUUUGAAGUAUUUUUGUGUAGAUUAGGCAGUGUUGUUAGUUCUUCACUGUUUCAUAUGAGAGCAAUUGUUUCUUCUUAUAAGAGUAAUUAUUUCUUCUUGUGCAGUUUUUUCAACAUCUUAAUUUCCAAGCCAUGUUCAUCACUGUGCAUUACUGCCAUUUCUUUAGGAAAGUCUCUCCCCCCCCCCCCAUAUAGCUAGGUAGGAAGGCAGUUUUAUAAGGAUGCAAUACUUGUAGCUUAUGACUUUAUAAUUCACAGUUUAUCAGUCUGCCAUUUUUGUGUCUCAUUUUUUAUUUUGAAUUUUGCGUAUCUUUAAUUUCACUGGCCAGUUGUUUUUAUAUCACUGCAUCUCAACCAUUUUUUUUUUUUGUUCCCUAAUGCUGUGAUUGAUAACUCCACAUUGUGUAUAAAUGGGUUGUAUCUUCUCAACCUCUUGUUCUGUGAAAAGAAACCUUUUUGCUAAGCCAUUGAACUAAGCAGAAAAAGAUUCACAGUACAUAAAACAUUGGUAGCGGGUACAAUAGCACCAAGAGGGGUACUCUUGUUAAAGUUUGUUUUGAGGGAAAUUGAAACUUGGAAAAAAGAAAGGUGGUAGACAAUAUUCCAUAAGCAUUACACACUUGAAGAGGCACACUAUGUACUGGAUAACAGCCAGCAGUGAAGAGGCCUGUUUAAGGGUUGCUGUCUCCACACACAGGUGUUGCCAUAUGGUGUCUGGAUUUCUAACCAAUGGGUUUUGGAAUAACACUUUUGUUCUUAUUGUGCAUGUGUUAUGUAGCAAAUGCCAAGUUUCAGAGUUGCUUUAUCCACCGAGAACAACAGAAGUAGAGCGUUAUAGGAAAGCCUUCAGGCAAACUUGCAAGUUUAGGACAUCUUUUCUUUUGGUAUUCAGCAUCCCCAUCUUUGUUUGGAAUGGGAUGAAGAAUAUGAGCAAGACUGAUUCAGGCUUCUUUUUCAGUGCUGGGGAUUGUUGGCCUUGUUCCCAUGCAUCCUGGAUCUUUAUAAGGUGCCUGUAGGCAAUUAUUGACUGGCAGAGAAAGAGCUAGUGUUGCCCAAAUAGCCCAAGCAGAAAUUUUAGCUAUUGAAUGUAGUAAUGACAUUGAAUGUAAACGAAUUUCUAUGCUAGCCUGACUCUGCUUAUUGGCAUACAUAGACAAGUGAGCAUAGAUUAGUUUCUGUUCUCUUUUGGACAGAUUGGUAACAUUCCAAUCUUCUUUUCUAUCUGUUCCCUUGUUUGUACAAUGGUGCCCAAAGCAAGAAAAGCAAAAAGGGCAGAACUGAGUUCCUGUGCGUGCAAAGGGUCCUCUUAAGUAUGCAAGCAAAUCCCAUUGCUGAUAUAUAUAUAUAUAUAUAUAUAUAUAUAUAUAUCAGCAUCAGCAAUGGGAUUUAUAUAUAUAUAUAUAAACUAUCCCCCAAAAUGACCUGAAAGAGGUCAUAGGGACUGAGAAGUGUGCAUGUGAAGCAACAGAGAGCUCAGGUGUGAGCCCGCACAUGCCAGAAUUCAGAGUUAACACCUAAACAAAGCAGGUUACUUGUUUCUUCAGCCUAGCACAUAAAGGGCAGAGGGUGGAAUUGAAAUCCAAACAGACAAAAACUUACGUUCAUUCUUCAAGCCAAUUCCCCCACUUUCUGUGUGAUCCUUUAAGCUGCAAGGGGACUGCAAGAAAUAUGUUUAGCAUUAGGGUGUUAGCCUUGCAAAUUGUAUGUGCAAUAGUAAUUGUUCGUUUUUAUUUUGCAGAAGAGCCAAAGAAAAGCACUUUACUAUUUCCAUAUGAGAGCAGCUUAAUGAAAGACAUAAAUGUACUUCAGGAGCACACAGUUGUAGAAUAUGCUUCUAAAAACCUUUCUGUCGAGAGUGAUAGAAACAACCCACAUUCCCGGAGGAAACGUUUCCUUUCCUAUCCAAGAUACGUAGAGGUGAUGGUUACGGCUGAUGCCAGAAUGGUUCAGCACCAUGGACGGAACUUGCAGCAUUAUGUAUUAACACUAAUGUCAAUAGUAAGUAAGCCUAUAUUAUUACAGAUGUAUUCCAACAGGUACUUGAGGAGAAUUAAUGUUGUAUCCCUGUCAGCCUGCAGGGACCAACGUAGAGCCCAGACAACUGUUCCAGGCUUCCCCGUCAUUGUUUUAAGCAACGUAACAUUUAGACUGCAACCUCCAGAAUUGUGAUCAAAGGCUUUUUGUGUCCCCCCCCCCAAUGGCAACCUUUCCCUACCUGAUGACAUGUUGCGGUGUAUCCAUGAGCCUAUGAGUGCAAUUUGCCUGGUCUUCCUCCAGGCCAGAAGGAGAGUUGGAGAAUUAGCCGAACAUGCCCCCCAGCUUGAACAGCCUUGUGAGAUAGGGGAUUUCACAGUUACAGAGCAGAAGAUUUGCACCUGCACUCCAGCCUCUUGCUGCCAGGAUUCCAUAAUGCAAACAUUUUUAAUUUGGAGAAAAAUUGACUCUCUUUUGCAGGAAGGGGUUAUAGAGAGGAAAGAAGUAGGCUUCUGUAUACCUCAGGGUUCCCCUGUGUAUGCAGAAAAUACCUUGUUUGUGAAUGUCCAGUUUUGCUUCCAAGCUGAUUGGCAUAGGCUCACACAUUUUGCUUUUAGAAGGAAUGAUAUGGCUAUUCAAGGAAAAAAAACCCAUUCAUUUGGGCUAGCAUAGUAACCUGGCAGAAGCCCAGGCAGCUCUUUGGAUCCAGGCCCAUAUUACUUGGUUGGCUGUAUCCAGUGACAAAUUCUUUUUGACAGUAAAUUUGGUUCUAAAAAUGAUGUCAGGGGAAUGUUGAGCCCCAGAUAUCCACAAAUGCUGUGAAUACAUAUAAUGUCAGAUUUGCUUCUACUAAUCUGUUAUGUACAGUUCAGACCAAUAUGGAUUAAAAUAAACCUAUUUCAUUUCAUUUAAAUUAAAGAACUUUGGCUUAACUGAGUUGUGGAUGAGGUCUACAUCUAAGACAGUUAUGGAACUUACGUUUGUGUGUGCGUGUCUCUGUGUGUGUGUGUGUGUGUAUAAGCAUAGAUAUGAUCUCAUAAGAAUUAUUUUUGCCUUUAUUCAAUAGAAAAAUAGGAACUUAACCCAGUAUACAGGCGUAUUAAAAUACUUGCUGCACCUAGAAAAUAACUAGAUUUUUUGGAAGGGGAGAGAUUUGAAUACUAUGCCAGAGGUUUGCCAUAAUACAUGACCUUUUCCUGGUAUGGCAAGAAUGUACCAAUAGUUUCUCAAGUUUGAUGGGUUUGUCCCAUUGAUGACAACAGGACAAUUAGCUAAUUUUCAUAUUACAUUUGCCCUAAAUAACUGUCUCGCUGAUUCUGACUGGGAAUUGGCAUUCAAGUGGCAUUUGUUAGUUUCCCUGCUUGUGUGUAUAUUGCAGUUAGAGAAAAUAUGACAUGAAAAUUGGUUCAGACAGUGCAACCCAAUGCUUCAUUAUUCCUAAGUAAGACCCACAGUAUUCAGUGGGGUUUGCUGCCUGGAAAAUAUGGAUAGGAUUGCAUGCUAAAUCAAAUAGGGCAGAGGAGUUGAAUGAAUGCUCAAUGCAAUGUUGGAUUCCACUGAAUGUACAGUACCAUAGAAUUUUAACACUCUGGCUUUUAUUUAUCUAGGUUGCUACAAUCUACAAAGAUUCAAGUAUAGGAAAUCAAAUAAAUAUUAUGAUUGUAAAAUUAAUUGUAGUUCACAAUGAACAGGUAAGAAAACGCAUUCAUUUCGCGAUUCAGAAUAACUUGCUGCAAUUUUCAGUUUUAACGUGUACUUUCAGAAGUUAAUGCUUUUAAAAGUAUUGAAGUGAAAUGCUUCAAAUGAGAUUUGCUAGCUGCUCUGCCAAGUAUUUUGUACAUACAUUGCAGGCAGACAGGCUGGUGUAAAUGUUUAGAAUUGGGAUCUAGCUAUUAAUACUGAUUAACAUGGCCAGGUUUAUUAUUUAUCGGGGGGGGGGCUAUUGGGUUGUUGAUUUUAUUUUGAUUAUAUUUUUUGUGGUUUUAUAUUUUGAUUUUAUUCUGUGAGCCGCCCUGAGACCUCCGGGUAUAGGGUGGUAUAUUAUUGUUAUUAAUAAUAAUAAUAGAUAAUAUUUUAAUGCUGACCAGGUUCAGCCUUGACCCUGCCAACUAGUCUUUCUGGUCAUCAACUUGCUCAAAAUUCAUACAGAUAUGUACCAUUGAGAUAUCUUUUCCAGAGCUGGUCUUACGUUAUAAUACAACUGCAACGGAUUUAAACUUGCCAUCCUUGUUUUGUCUUGGCAACUUAUGUACAGGAAGGACCAGCUAUCAGUUUUAAUGCAGCUACCACUCUUCGCAACUUCUGUUUAUGGCAGCAAACACAAAACAUUAUGGAUGAUGCUCAUCCUUCCCACCACGAUACUGCAGUUCUUAUCACUAGGUACAGUAUCUGAGAAAACUCAUUUUUCAUUACUAUCCCUAUUCCAUAAAAUUACUGCAUAGAAGUACCAUUGGGCCCUUUUAAGCUUUGUGUGAACAAUCAGGAUUAAGAAGAGGAGGAGGAAUUUGCAAAUAAGAGGGAAGGGAUAUUGAGAAGGAAUGCAUAAACCCCUGAUCUGCUUCCAGUUUUUGUCUAGUUGAGGAGUGGCUGAUAUUACACCUGUAACCAUGUGGGGCAUGUUCUCUUGGAAUUUAGUGCCAUUGAUCUUAAUAAAAAAGAUGUAUGCAUAGGGUUACAACGAGGCACCUUGAUCCCAAGGUGCUGCUUUACUGCAAGUACAUCUUUCAGAACCAGUCAAAUGGGGCACCUGCCCAUUAAAACCAUUUAAAUUUUGAUGAAAGAAUUCCAUUUGGGAGGGGGAUUCAGAAAAGUAUGUAUAGGUAUCUAGAAUAUGUUUUCCCUGUUGUUUUUAAGACCGAAAUUUUCAUAGAAAACCUUUGUUUCUUUAAGGGAAGAUAUCUGCAGAGCUAGAGAAAAAUGUGACACCUUAGGUAAGUUAAAGCAAAAAGAUGAUCAUGCAAUUUUCCUGCAAAUAAGAACAAUUGUUGUUUUAAAUGGUAAAUGAGUAUUUAAUGUAAUUUAUCUUGUUUUGUAAACUUUUUGAACAUAUUUUGAACCUCUUUAAGCAUAUGGUUACAUGAUGAUAAAUAUCUGGAUCAUAGUCCUAGGCCUGCAUUCAGGUAACAAAUUCCAUUUUAUAGGUUUAGCUGAACUGGGUACAAUGUGUGACCCACUGCGUAGCUGUUCCAUCAGUGAGGAAAAUGGAUUAAGUGCUGCAUUCACAAUAGCUCAUGAACUUGGACACGUGUAAGUCUGUCUUUUCUACCAAGUAAAUCUUGCAUUUGCCUUACAUAGGGGACACAGUAUUUUUAUUUUGCAGGGAAGCCUCUGCAUGAUUGGCUGAAAAAGCGUGAGCUUGCAAGGAAGUACUGUAUUUACAUACUAAUACUUAGCAUUCAUAUAGCAGUUUAGACUCUAAAGUUGGGAGUGUUCAUAGUGGUUCAUGUACAGUACGUUAUCUUACUGAUUCCCAACAAGAACAUUGUAAGAUAUCUCAGUGUCAUUACAAGUGAUGUUGCUGAGAAUAGCUUGAAUCUUGGCCUUCUGAUGUAACUCAGUAUCAUAUCUUGGCCACUGUGCUACUCCAGGUUAUCAUCGAAACCUGGCAUAUUUUGAGAUGAAUUUAAGUAGUAGACGGCAGUAGGGCAGCAGUGCUCAUCUGACCAUUGGUUGUAUUGCUGCUGCUUACCAGGAAGUAGAGUGGGAGGGGCAAGGCUAGUGAGGUGUAAAUGCACUGGUGGGAGUAGUAGAGUGGCUCUGCCAGUGUGUUUGUACUAUGCCAAUCUUACUAUUGCCUCCUCCCCACUUUUACCUCCUGAUAAGCAGCAUCAACGUGACUGGCCAGAGGUCAGGUGAGCGCUGCUGCCCCACCAUGCUGUUGUGUAGGAAUCUGCCAGAAUAUUAUUGUGCUGAGACUCACCUGUGUCUUUUCACUUUCUGCCCCCAAAUAUGCACAGCUCUUACUCUUCAAUAUCUUAACUCCCAGUUUCUAAAAACAUUGCUGAGAUUCAAAUUAUAUAUUUCCAUAGGUGAGUUGUUAGAAAGACAAAUAACCCCUAAAACACCAUUAAAUUAUUCAAGUGCUGUCAUAAUCAAUGAGGCUAUGCAUCGGUUUAAUGUUUGCUCAUAUCGUUAUUGAAAAGUAAAAGGCCCUUUCUGAAUUUGUUUUGUAUUUGUAUUAGGUUUAAUGUUCCCCAUGAUGAUAGCUUUAAAUGUAAAGAAGUUGGGAUUAAACAUCAAUAUCACGUAAUGGCCCCAACUUUAAACUACCAUUCAAAUCCAUGGACUUGGUCAAAAUGCAGUGAGAAGUACAUUACUGAAUUUCUUGAGUAAGUAUGGUUCCAGUCCAUCCACCUCCUGCAUAUGUUUAGCACAUGGACGCUGUAGUGGUGGGCAUUUGUGUGAUUUCUCUGUUAUGCAGAAUUUCAACCUUUAACUUUAUUAAAAUAUGUGUGAGGGGCAGGGGGAGAAAGAGAAAAGCUUCAAAUAAAUUAACAUUUUGGGGUUUCCUUAUAAAAGGUAAAAACAAUUACCGUAUUUUUCGCCCUAUAUGACGCACUUUUCCCCCUCCAAAAAUGAAGGGGAAAUGUGUGUGCAUCCUAUGGGGUGGAUACAGGCUUUCGCUGAAGCCUGGAAAGCAAGAGGGGUCGGGGCGCCCCGACCCCUCUCGCUCUCCAGGCAGCUCUGCGCAACCUUCGGGAGCCCGGCGCCAAGCCGCGCCGGGCUCCAGAGGGUUACGCAGAGCUGCCUGCGCUCCCGGGCUCUAUGCAGCUCUGUGCAACCCUCGGGAGCCCAGCGGGAAGCCACGCCGGGCUCCCAAAGGUUGCGCAGAGGUGCCUGUAUUCCGAAGUCUCAGGCGCGCUGAAGAGCGCACCCGGGCUUCGCGCAGCUCUCCGCAAGCCUGGGGAGACCGGCGCGGCUCCCUAGGCUUGCGGAUAGCAGGCUGUUCUGGGGGCUGGGGUCGGGGGAAGCUCGGGCUUCCCCCCCGCCAGCCCUGUGCCUGGGGGGGAAAUAAUUCCCCCCUUUAUUUCCCCCACAAAAAAGCUAGGUGCGUCCUAUAGGGCGGUGCGUCCUAUGGGGCGAAAAAUACGGUAAUCAUAGUUUAGAACACAACUAUAUUACAUUUGAACAUGUGCUUCUUUUUGUGUCAGAUUCACAAACCCAGAGUUGAUUUCUUGUAAUAGCACUGCAUUAUGUUGAAUUCUUUAAUAGCAGUGCACCAUAGCAAAUCAACCUCAGUCCUAAAAUUUAUUUGCAAAGUAUGUUUGAGUCAAAAGCAAUGUGUCAUUUAAGAGAAGUUCUGUUUGUUUAUUAUAGCACUGGUUAUGGGGAAUGCCUUCUUGACAAACCAAAUGGAAGAAUCUAUGACUUUCAAUCUCAGUUGCCUGGUUCCCUGUAUGAUGUGAACAAGCAGUGUGAGCUUAUGUUUGGACCUGGGUCACAAGUAUGUCCUUACAUGGUAAGUUACGUAAUGCAAAACACAAUUUAUAAUACUUGCAUAACAAUCCUGAGAAGAUGGUUGAAAAUGUUUUUGGCACCCCCCUUUAAUUUGUAAUUCCUUGUUGCCUUUGCUAUCCUUGAAAACACAUGUAUCCUGCAUUUUAGUGCCAUACCACAGGAUUUCUAUUACCUUUUAAUUGUUUCUUUUGUUAGUGACCCAGGUAAUGGAGGAGCUAGAAAUAAAUAUUUAACAACAUUUAAUGAAUACUUUUAAUGGAAACAAAAUACAUCAACUCUGUUAACUCAGUAAUCAGUAAUAAAGGAAGGUUAGCAGGAAGAUAAAAGAAUGAUAAAAUAAAUAAAAUGAUAAAGUAGCAUCUUUAAAAAAUAUUGCCAAGGUAGAGGUGUUCAUUCCUCUGCAAUGGGCAAUAUUCAGAAGAAGUAAAAUGUUGCUUGAAAUGCAGUAUCGAAAUAGAGUUUGAUAGUAAAGGGGCAACAAAGCCACAAAAGCUAAUCUAAAAGUAACCAAAAUGUAUUUCAUAAAUACUUCUUAAUCACACUGAGCUAAGAAAGUGAUGUAUUAUCAGAGGCAUAAAUUUAUCCCUUCCUUCCUCUUCCCUCUUCUUUCAUUCCAAAAAUGGAAUUUAAAGUUUGCCUAGUGUAGUUCUUUGGAUCUUAGCUCAAGACCAAAAGUUUAUAAUGUAAACUUAAUUAAUGACAGACCAAUCCUACCAGAUUGGGGGACUGAGUGGUUACUGUCAAAAUUUUCCAAUUUAUUUUUUUUUAAUGGACUCACUUUGCCUGACAGAAUGUAGAAGGAGCAUAUUUAAUCCCCUGCUUCUUCUGUUGAAACUCCUGUUGGUCCCACUGGGGAGGGGAAAUAAGUAUCCCAAUCCCACAGUGGAGUACUUCAUUAUUUGAAGGCGUGUUAGAAAUGGGAGGGCUUUGGAUUAAAUCCAUUUACUCUCAGCACAUCCCUGAUAUGCCCAUUCUCCCUCCAACCACCAUUGGAGCAGAGACAGCUGUUGUGGUUUCUGCAGCUGCAACAAACAGGCCUCUGCAGCUGAAAGACCUGCUUUGGCCACGGAGAGGAAGAUUCCCCCAAACUCCUGUGCACUUUAGGAUAGCCAUAGGAUUGUACCUUUGGUGGGCUGAGUAUCUUCUAACAUGACCAUUUAGAGAUUUCUUAGCCUCACUCACCACAAGAUUGUAUUUGGCAUGCAGAUAUCUAAGUACAAAAUACAUGUGGAUCAUGUUCAAGAUGAAUGGUCCAUGUUUCAAACAGGGCUUUCCACUUUAAAAUGUAAACAGGACCACAAUCUUUUCCUGGUUGCUCCUUGAAAGUAUUUGAAGACACAUUUAAGAAUGCAUGCACGCUUCAUUUUUAAUUCAAUAUAUUAGAAUAUUGGUGUUUGAACUCAGGACACGUGGGUGGUAUCUAAUGAUAUAGUUUUGCUAGUGCAAGGACUUUUGGCUGUGGAAUGGAAUUUCCCUCCCUCUCCAGUCCCUUCUCUCCCACAACUGUUCUGAGAGUUCUCACAACCCUCCAGAGCAAAUUUUGGGUACAGCGCCGUGUGCUAAGGGAUCUACUUUGUUGCAUACCACUAAAUAUCCUGUAAAACAUCCUUCUCCUUAGGUUGCAUUCUUCCUGACACCCCUGGAGUUGUUCCCAGUUGACAACUAGGCCUGCCCUGUAGCUUAAAACCAAAACAUAGUUUAAGUUGGGGGUAUUGCAUCUAUAGAUUGAUGAGAAAUAAGUGUUACUCAUGUAACAAAGUAAAUCCUGUUUGUUUGGUAGAAACAAUGCAAACGUUUGUGGUGCACAAGUGCAGAAGGCAUUCAUAAGGGUUGCCGUACGCAGCACAUGCCUUUGGCUGAUGGAACAGAAUGUGGCCAUGGAAUGGUAAGAUUUCUUUUCCACAUCUACCAUUUCCCUUUCCUUAAAUCACUGGCUUUCUGUCCACAUCAAGAUCUAUCCUUAUCUUCAAAUGUCUUCAUGCCCUCCCUUAUCUCUCUGCUGUUACAUCCAUAUAUAUAUAUAUAUAUAUAUAUACCAAUAAUACUGAAAGAAAUCAAUCUUGAUUUUUCAUUAGCGGAGUGCAUUGCUGGAGGUCUCCUGUGAAUGAAAACUGUGAUGUAGAAGGCAGUUCUGAAUUAACAAUUCAGAACGUAUCUAUGCUUCCACUGGAGGGAAACAGUAUCUUAUUUCCUGCUGUAAUCCAUUUUUCCACUGGAAGGCAGCCAUUAAACCCAUCAGUGGUUUAGAUGUAGCGCAAAGCAAUAUGGCCUAGUGUUUCCCUGUACCCAGUCCAGACAAUGGCAGAGACAUGAGACAUAAGAGUCCUUACACUGGGUCAUCAGACCAAAGACCUAUUUCGUCCACCAUCUUCUUUCUCACAGUGGCCAACCAGGUGCCAAUGGGAAGCCCACAAUAGCCCUCUCAUUCUUUUGUUGUCCCAGUGAAUGAAUGCCUUGUCUCUGAACACCAGUGAACUUUGGUAUUUGGAGGCAUCAACUAGAUUUCAGAGACAUCCUAUUUCUAUAGCAUCCUGAAGGUAGUCUACAGCCCUCACAAGUGCCAGUCAUUAGCAGCAUUAUAUUCCAGGGACAAGUACAGGGGCUAAUCUCCAGCUGAUCUCCUCAGCAACAAAAAUGGUUGGAGUGGCUGUGGAAAUAUUUUCUCUAAGCUCAGGCUGUCUCUAUAGCUUGCUGUGUUCUGAGGUGCAUAGCUAGAAUAGAGGGAUGGUUUCUCUAAGGAGUUGCGGCAGCUAGCAGAGUGGGAAAGCAAUUGCUGUGUUAAAGCCACUGACCUAAUCGCCAAGGGGGGAAAAUCCCAUUGCCCUUUCCUUGUAUCCAGAACAGACAGUGGCUGAUUUAUGACUGGAAUUUACCGUGGGAAGUACAUAGUUGUUCUCACAGUAGUUAACAUUUCAUAAAGUAUUUUCCUGUGAAAUACACUAAACAAACCUAAAAUCGGGGUACUUGCUUCAGUAAUGCCCUGUAGCAAAAGGCAUUAUUAUCACAGCUUUAAUUAUCAGUGGAGAUGGCUCUUCUUACCCUUUAAUUUGGACUCCUAUCUUUGCAUUUGUGUUCAUGGAUUACAAGUCUUGCGUGCAUUGCUUGAUAUAUAAAUAAUAAAAUAAGUAUAUCUGAAGCACAAGCACUGCUAGGCUGAAGAAAAACUGCAUGACACGAACAUCUGGGAUAGGUCUGGUGUGUAAUUUUUCUACUGUGACUUCAUCUUGUUUCUUCUGUAGAGAUGCUGCACAGCAUAAAAAACUGAUACAUCUUUAUUGAAUAAGCUAUUAAAUCCCAGAUGUUAACAUGGGCUUAUUCCAGUUCUAUGGAAGUGGCCAUAUUAGUACAAUAUUUCUAGGUAUAACUUCAAACAUUCCAGAAUCGUCUUUCCAGGCAAAUAUAAAACUAACUCCACUUUUAUUUCAUGUGCUACACAGUUUGCUCUCAGGUAUCAUGCCAUAUUAUCCUGUCCACUCUCUUAAGAUCAGAAGGUGACGCCCCUCUCUGUGUCCUAUUGGUUUCUGCAGCAACAGCAGGUGCUCUAACUUUCUAAUGGUUUGACUUUACCCCCAAUGGCACACUCUUGCAUUAUCUCUCAAGACAACUUGAUGCCAACAACCAAGAGUUGAAACAAGUUGGGGUAAGGGGGGAAUAUUCUCAGUGGCUGCAGCUAGACUAUUAGUUGGGGCCAUACUAGCUGUAGUCCAGCUACAGCUGGAGGUCACCAUGUUGGCACCCCUGAUUAAAGGUACAGUGGUGCCCCGCAAGACGAAUGCCUCGCAAGACGGAAAACUCGCUAGAUGAAAGGGUUUUCCGUUUUUUGAGCUGCUUCGCAAGACAAAUUUCCCUAUGGGCUUGCUUCGCAAGACGAAAAUGUCUUGCAAGUUUGUUUCCUUUUUCUUAACACCGUUAAUACAGUUGUGACUUGACUUCGAGGAGCAACUCAUAGAACGCAGUGUAUAUAGUAGCCUUUUUUGAGGUUUUUAAAGACUUUGGUGAUUUUUGAAGCUUUUCCAAAACUUCUUUUGCAGCCAUUUGGUAAGUUAAGCUUUUAAAACUUUUUUGGGGGGUUUUGGAUUUUGGGUUGGGGUGUUUAGAAUUCAAGGACUUGGUGUUGGGGAGGGGUUUGCAAGAAUCUGGAAGCUUGUGUGGUUUUUUCUGCAUUUUUAUGAUUUUCUGUGACCAUUGGGCCACUCUGUUGUUGUUUUUUUUAAAAAAAUCUGGAUUUGAAUUUCUGUGUGCUGGGUGGCUGGGGGAACAGUUGGGGAGGGGUUUGCAAGAAUCUGGAAGCUUGUGUUUUUUUCCCUGCAUUUUUAUGAUUUUCUGUGACCAUUGGGCAACUCUGCUGUUUUUUUAAAAAAAUUCUGGGUUUGAAUUUUGAAAUGCUCUUUACAGUAUGUGUGACUUUAAAGAGCACUUAAUAAACUCUUGUUAUACCAAAUUUGGCUUUGUUUGGACUUUUUUUGACCAUAGGAACGCAUUAAUUGAUUUUUCAAUGCAUUCCUAUGGGAUUUCAUGCUUCGCAAGACGAAAAAUUCACUAGACGAAAAAAUUCGCGGAAUGAAUUAAUUUCGUCUUGCGAGGCACCACUGUACCUUAUUUGCCCUCUGCCUGGACUGGCAUGGUUGCAUAAGGCCUCCAUCGUCUACUCACAUGCUAUGGGUAGAUUGUGUGGCUGCACACCAUACUAAAAAUAAACCCCUUAAUUUGGAAUGAAAGCAGGAAAUCUAUCCUGUCUGAGUGGAAAAUGAAAAGGUUUCUACAAGUGCUAUGAAAACAGCUGGUGUUUCUUAUUUUCCCAUGUUUCAUAGGAACAAAUCCAUUGUGCAUAAACACUAGUUUUACACACAUAAACUCCUUUAGUCUGUUGCAUCUUAUUGCACAUGUUUUAGGUUUGCUUUCUAUUCUGAUCAGCCUAAAUUGGGGUUCAUGCUUAUUUCAUUGCACAAUGUAUGUGUAAAAAUACCAGCAGCCAGAUUUUCUGGUGUUCUGAAAGAAAAAUACUAGGAGCAGAUUGCUUUUGAAUUGCUAGACAUCUCAUUUAAAUGCGUAAAUGAAAGCUUAGAUGCUGAACUUUCCAGAUUCCUGAAUUGUUAAUAGUAUUUUGAAAGUAAAGUUCGUUAAAUAGUGUUUAAAUGACACAGUAAUCUUUUAACACCGAUUUAAUUUUCUUUGAUAUCAGUUCCUGUUCUCCUAUUUGAUUAUCAGAGUCUGUGCACACUGAAUUAGUUUUUUUCUAAUUUUGAUGCUUUUGCUAUGUUUGUUAAUUGAGCAGCAUUGCCGGCAUGGGAUUUGUGUAAGCAAAGAAAAGGAAAAGCUCCCUGUAGAUGGAGAAUGGGGAUCCUGGGGACCCUACAGUUCAUGUACCAGAACAUGUGGAGGUGGCAUCAAAAGCGCAACCAGACUGUGUAAUCGGCCAGAGUAUGUGUUUUGUUCUUCAUUUUAAAUAUAUGUCCAUUGAGACUAUGUUUACUCUGCCUGGUCCUCUGAAAGCAAUAAUAAAUUAAUAGCAGGUUUCCAUAGCGGAUCAGAUAGUGACAUACUGUUUAGCCUUUCUGUGCACUGCUCUGGUACGCCAGAAGCGGCUUAGUCAUGCUGGCCACAUGACCCAGAAGCUGUACACCGGCUCCCUCGGCCAAUAAAGCAAGAUGAGUGCCGCAACCCCAGAGUUGGUCACGACUGGACCUAAUGAUCAGGGGUCCCUUUACCUUUACCUUUAUACUUUGGUAAAAGGUAAAGGUGACUAUGGCCGAGGGAGCCAGCAUUUGUUCGUAGACAGCUUUUCAGGUCAUGUGGCCAGCAUGACUAAGCCGCUUCUGGCACAACAGGACACCGUGACGAGUGCCAGAGCGUACGAAAAUGCUGUUUACCUUCCCACCACAGCAGUACCUGUUUAUCUACUCUCACUGGUAUGCUUUCGAACUGCUAUACUUUGAAUCAUCUAUCAAGAGUAGCAUGCCUCUUCGAGCUCUUAAAGACACAUUACCAUACUUGGAUCAUAACUUCAAUGUGUCUUUUGAAAUUUAAAGGCAGAAAUUAUGAAUAGUGCAUUACUCAAAGCCAAAUGAAACAUAAGCUAUCUUUAUUGUAUAUAUUGUAAUAGUUGGUUUGUAUAAUCCUGGCAUUUUGGCAGUGGAUAGUGAAGCCUUAGAAUAAUGUGGUUGGGUUUGUAAAAAUGCAUGCUUGUGCAAUGAUGACAUUUUAUAUUUAAUUCCCAUUCACUUUGCAAUUGUAUAAAUGGCUUCCCACCAUGAUGCACAUUACAGCUGUUAAGUUGUGUUUAAUAUUCUUGCUUGCAAUGUGUUUUAUUACCUAUUGAAAGCUGCUUGUGAUGGGAUGAUGAGCUGCUUGUGCGUAAAAUAGUAUCCCCUCAGAGUUUGUUCAAGUCCACAAACCUCUGUCUGUGACGGAGCCCCUCAGACAUGGCUCCUCUAGUCACUAGCAGAUUCCGACAGUGGUUGCUUUGGAAUCGCUUCCAACAUAAAAGCUCCUUAACGGAAACACGUCUUCUGGACUCUCUGCGUGACAGUUUCCGGCGAGGAGUGGGUGUUCCUACAGGAGGUCCUGAAACCUCCCCACUGUUUUCGCUGGAAGUGUCUCUGAGCCAUCCCUCCAGCUCACUUUCCCUCAGCUCAGCUCCUCUCCCCUACUGGUUCCCUCUUCAGCUGCUGAGUCUCUCCCAACCUGUGUGAGCCCUUUCACCUCCCUUCCUUCCGAUGGCAGUUCCCUGACAUCCACCUCCCCUCCAGGGCCCCUUUCACCCCCUCUCGCCCCCUCCUCUACGGGCGGUGAGGAGGCAAAACCCGGAAUGAACUUCCUUCAUCUUCCGAUGUCUCGAACACUUCUCUCCACCUGUUGCGGUUCCUGGUCUCGAAGUACUCCUCCUCCUCAGAGUCCAUCUCCCCUUCCCCUUCCGAGUCCGGGAAUCCUUCCAACUCCUCCUCCUCAUCAGUGGUCCCAAAGUAUUCCCUCCGGAACCUCUCCACAGGCUGAGGUUUCCUUGGGAACCUUUGAUGGAACGUUUCUAUCAAUACCUCGUCAUUGAUAUCUUCGGCCAUUACCCAAGUGUUUUCUGACUCCGGUUCUCCUUCCCACGCUACCAAAUACUCCACCUGAUCCCCCUUCCACCUGGCGUCGAAGAUUUCUGCCACAUGGCUGCUGCAUUCUCUUUCUUCUAUGACCGGUCCCCGAGUGGCCAUCCCUUCUCGUCCCCCUUCGUACGGUGACAGUAACGACCUGUGAAAUACUGGGUGCAGUUUCAUGUGGUUGGGUAACCGGAGCCUGAAAGCCACUGGGUUGACCUGUUGAAUGACCUCAAAGGGACCCAACCUCCUGGGUCUUAAUUUCUUACAACCUCCUUUGAACGGCAACCCUUGGGUUGACAGCCACACCCUAUCUCCCACCCUUAUGGUUUCACCUUCCCUUCGGUUCUUGUCUGCCUGCCUCUUGUAUUCUUCCUUCGCCCUUUCUAAGUUGAGUUGGAGCUGACGAUGGAUUGCUUCCAUUUCUUCCACAAAAUGCUCGGCUGCCGGGACGCUCCAUCUCUCCCCAUCUCCCCUGGGAAAGCCCUGGGAUGACACCCAUAAUUAGCCAAGAAGGGGCUCAUCCCUGUGGACACAUUCUCGGCAUUGUUGUAGGCAAAUUCCGCCAGCGCCAACUUUUCUACCCAGUCAUUCUCUCUGUCAUUGACAUAACACCUCAGGUAUUGCUGGAGGACACCGUUUGCUCUUUCCGCCUGCCCGUUGGUUUCAGGGUGCCGGGCAGUCGAAAAAUUGACCUCCACCUGCAGUAAGCUCAUGAGCUUCCUCCAGAACCUGGAAGUAAAUUGUUUUCCUUGGUCUGAGACCACCCUCAAUGGCACCCCGUGCAACCUAAAAAUGUGUUCUACAAAUAACUUCGCUGUCUCUUCCGCCGUGACUGCAUGCGAGCAAGCUACAAAGUGGCACAUCUUUGUUAGUAGGUCUACCACCACCAUGAUGGCUGUUUUCCCUUGGACUUCGGCAGAUCAGUCAUAAAAUCUAUCGACACUGCCUCCCAAGGUCGUUCUGGGGUUGGUAAGGGUUCUAAUAGCCCCGCCGGCGCCCGCCUUUCCCCUUUGGCUCGCUGGCAUUGCUCGCACCCUCUUACAUACUCACGUACAUCUUCCCUCACCUUAGGCCACCAAAAUUCCCUGGUGACCAACCACAUGGUUUUGUGUUGUCCAAAAUGCCCCGCCGUAGGGCUGUCGUGCAACUGCUUGAGUACCCUCCCCUUAAGUCUCCUUCAGGGAUAUACAGUGCCCCUUUGUAAUACAAAGCUCCAUUUCUUUCCUCGAAACCCCCUGGUUCCUCUCCCUCACCCCUAAGACCUCUGAGCUUAUUCUGGGCGUAUUCAUCAUUCUCUGUUUCCUCUACCAGUUCUCUUUGUCCCACCAAUGCCGCCCCACACACCCAGCGGUCCUCUGGAAUGACAUGUCUCUCUUCGGUGCUCCUCCCCCUCCAAAUAUUCAGGUUUGCGUGAGAGAGCGUCCGCCCUAAUGUUCUCUGGGCCUGGCACGUAACCAAUCUCAAAGUUAAAUUUGGAGAACUCCUGGGCCCAUCUCACUUGCCGUUGGUUGAGCACUCGUGCCGUCCUCCAAUACUCUAGGUUCUUGUGGUCAGUGCACACUUGCACCUUAUGUUGUGCGCCAAUUAGCAGGUGCCUCCAUCUCCGGAACGCCUCAUGAAUGGCUAGUAGUUCUCGGUCAUACACCGUGUAGUUCCUCUCGGAUUUGUUCAGCUUUCGCGAAAAAAAGCACACGGUCUCCACUCUGACUCCUCCUUCCCUGGCUGCAGAAGCACCGCCCCAAUCGCUCUGUCUGAUGCGUCAGUUUCCACUCUCAUCGGUUUUUGUAAAUCCACAUGCAGGAGUUGUUGUUCCGAGGCGAAGGCCCUCUUUAGUUCCUCAAAUGCUCGCUCCGCCUCCUCAGUCCAAACGAACUUCUUCUUACUGCUGAGACAGUCCGUAAUGGGCGCCGUCAGGUGGGCAAAGUUUCGGAUGAACUUACGAUAGAAGUUCCCAAAUCCUAGGAACCUCUGCACAUCCUUCCUUGUUUUGGGUGUUUUCCAUUCCAGCACCGCCUGGACCUUGCCGGGAUCCAUGGCCAAUCCCUUGUCUGACAGGCGAUACCCCAGGAAUUCCACCUCCUUGGUAUGAAACUGACACUUCUCCAGUUUCACCCACAGCUGGUUGGCUUGCAGCCUGCUCAACACUUCUCUGACGUCUCUCACAUGCUGCUCCUCAUUCUCAGAAUACACCAACACGUCGUCUAAGAAGGCCACACAAUUCUUGUAAAGCAAAGGCCCCAGGACGUGGUUCAUAACGAUUGAAAGCAUGCGGAGCCUGCUUGUAGGCCGAAGGGCAUAACCAAAUAUUCAAAUGCCCCUAAAGGGGUGAACAUGGUGGUUUUCCAUUCAUCCCCCUUCCUUAUUCGUAUCAGGUUGUACGCCCCCCUUAGGUCCAGCUUUGUGAAAAUCUUUCCCUUCCGCACCCUUGUCAAAAUGUCGUCAAUCCUGGGCAUAGGGAAGGCCACCGGUUCUGACACUGCAUUUAAGGCCCUGAAGUCACACACCAGCCUCGGCUUGUUCGUGUUUUUGUCCACAAAAACACUGGGCUGCCCCCACCGCCCUGGACUCUCUGAUGAACCCUCUCUUCAGGUUCUUGUCAAUGAACUCUCUUAGCUCCUGCAUCUCUCUGUCUGACAUGGCGUACAGCUUGCCUACAGGGAGCUGUGCCCCAGGGAGUAAAUUGAUUUGACAGUCAAAGGGUCUAUGCGGGGUAGUUGGUCAGCUUCCUUUCGCUGAAGACGUCGCGGAGAUCUGCGUAUUGUCGUGGUACCUUCACGUUCUCCGUUACUUCAGUCCCUGCUAGGGUGGCUUGGGCCCCUGCCAAACCCUUUCCCUCUUUGCAGUGUUCUAAGCAAUGUGCUGAACCAAAAGAAACCACUCUCUGAUGCCAGCCCACCAGCGGAUCAUGUAACGCUAGCCAGCUCAUCCCCAAUAUAAUGGGAGCUCCUCCCAAGGUGGCCACAUUAAACGCUAUCAGUUCGGUGUGCCUUGCCACCUUCAUUAUCAUUGGGACGGUCUGCAAGCUGACUUCUCCUCCCAACAGCUCCCUGCCAUCGAUCGUGGUCACCUGCAGGGGGUUGCUUAAAGGGAUCGUCUGUAUCUGGUGUUCAGCUGCAAACUCUUUGCUCAUGAAAUUGCAGGAGCUGCCUGAGUCCAACAGCGCCUUUAUCUUUAGAGGGUGUCCGUUUGGCAGCUCUAGCGCCACUUCUAUCACUAGGGCGGGUUUAGGAGGUUCUGGCGUGGGCACUCUCACUGCUCUUUGGCCUGGCUGCUGUGCCCCGACGGUGGCAGCCAGGCGUUGGCUUUUACUUGCUCCGGUGUUUCUUCCUCUCUUCCCUCCACAGCUCCUACCAUCCCUUGCCAUUCCUUCCUCUGGGGGCAGACUCUGGCAAAGUGACCUGGCUGUUGGCAGGGAUAGCAUUUCCGGGCGCGUUUUCCCUCCUUCUUUCCCCCCUCACUGGGCUUUGAAACUGCGCGCGCGCGCUGUUCCGAUUUCCAUCGGCUCUGCCGGCGGGAAAGUUGGCUCUGGAAUGUCUGGAAUGCGGAACUCCUUCCAACGUUCCCCCUUCCCUUCCCGCCUCUCCAAUGCUCUCGCCUCCUGGCGCGCUCCUAUGGUCAGCGCUGAUUUGGUCAGCUGGUCCAUAGACUCCGCCCUGGGCGCCCGGGAAAGUUCGUCUUUCACAGCCGAAGAAAGCCCUUCUUCAAAGAGCAUUUGAAUGGGUUCCGCCGAUAAGUCCCACCCCAAUCUGUGAACCAGCAUGGUGAACUCAGUCCAGUACUCACGGACAGAUCGGCUCCCCUGUUUGCAAGCCAUUAACUGUCUGCGCACCACUCCCUGUUCAAUAUCGCUGGAAAACAUCAGAUCCAUGGCGCGAAAGAACUUCAUCGUGUCCUUUAGGACGUCACUAUUCGCUGCCAUCAGGGGUCUAACCCAGUCUCUUGCCCCCUUUCAAGAUGCCCAAUCACGAAAGCCACUCGUGAUUCCUCGUCAGGGAAUUCAUCAAACUGCAGAUUGAGGGCAUAUUGCAUCUCUGUCCGAAAGCCAUGAUAGUCUUUGGGCUCCCCCCCAAACUUCUGCACCAAUCCUGGUACCUUUCUGGCGAGCUGGGUGGCUUUCCCCUUUUGUCUGCAUCCUGAGCCCUCCUCUCCUCAAGCCUCGCCGUCUGCAGCGCUAGCUGGACCUCCAACACCCGGUACCUUUCUUCCAGGCUUGGACCCGCUCCAGCUCCUGCUUCUCCGGUUCCGGCUGGGUUGCUCAUGAUGCCUUCUCCUGCACAAGCUGCUUUCAAAGACUGUCGGAAUGCUGUGAUGGGAUGACGAGCUGCUUGUGCGUAAAAUAGUAUCCCCUCAGAGUUUGUUCAAGUCCACAAACCUCUGUCUGUGACGGAGCCCCUCAGACAUGGCUCCUCUAGUCACUAGCAGAUUCCGACAGUGGUUGCUUUGAAUCGCUUCCAACAUAAAAGCUCCUUAACGGAAACACGUCUUCUGGACUCUCUGCGUGACAGUUUCCGGCGAGGAGUGGGUGUUCCUACAGGAGGUCCUGAAACCUCCCCACUGUUUUCGCUGGAAGUGUCUCUGAGCCAUCCCUCCAGCUCACUUUCCCUCAGCUCAGCUCCUCUCCCCCUACUGGUUCCCUCUUCAGCUGCUGAGUCUCUCCCAACCUGUGUGAGCCCUUUCACCUCCCUUCCUUCCGAUGGCAGUUCCCUGACACUGCUCUAGAAAUUUUAAAUUGAAAGGCUGUAUAUACUGUGUAUAUAUUUUCAAAUAAAUGAAAACCACAGCAGCGUAGUUUAGUUCUGAAAAUAUUGUUUAUAGUAUUGUGAUAGAAGUCUGUUAAAGCUAUGCAGUGGGGGCCAUCACCUUAAGAACUUAAGAAGAUCCUGCUGAGUCUGGCCAAUGGCCCAUCUAGUUCAGUAUCCUGUUCUCACAGUCGCCAACCAUAUGCCUGUGGGAAACCCACAAGGAGGACCUGAGCACAAGAGCAGCCUUCCUCCCUGUCAUUUCAAGCAACUGGUAUACAGAAGCAUCACUAGCAAAGCCUAGCCAUUGAUAGCCUUCUCCUUCAUGAAUUUGUCCAAUCGUCUUUUAAAGCCAUCCAUGUUAUUUAGAUUAAAUCAGUAAGAUCUCUUUGGAAGGUUUGUUUUAAAUAUGACUGUGUCUGCUUAACAUGCUUGCAAUGCAAUUUUCAUUAGGCCAAAACAUGGAGGACAAUACUGCGUUGGCCGCAGGAUGAAAUUUCGAUCCUGUAAUACUGAUUCAUGUCCCAAAGGCAGAAAAGAUUUUCGGGAGCAGCAGUGCUCCGAGUUUGAUGGUAAACAUUUCAACAUCAACGGGCUAACAUCUACCGUGCGCUGGCUUCCAAAAUACAGUGGCAGUAAGUAAUGAGAAACUUCCUCUUUAAACUAAACAUUAAUUUGCAUAAAAUUUCACAAGUGACAAAAAACAUACUUGACUUUUUUUGUCCCAACAGUUUCUACGAAGGAUCGCUGUAAGCUUUUUUGCCGUGUUUCUGGCACAACAUCCUACUAUCAGCUGAAAGACAGGGUCAUUGAUGGUACUCCAUGUGGAACGGACACUCAUGAUAUAUGUGUGCAAGGCUUAUGCAGGGUAAUUGAGUUCACUAAAACAACACAAAUAUUUUUGGAAACUGUUUGAGAGCAGCAAAGAGUUUUGUGGUGCCUUAAAGUCCUAACUUAUUUAUUAUGGCAUAAGCUUUUAUGAACUACAGCAGAUGUCAUAUGCAUGCAUUGUUGGGAGGUGGAAUUGUAAACAGCGAGAGGUCAGAGGGACAUAAAAGAUAGAGAAGUACAAAUACCGGUAGUGCUAAAAACAGUGGUCAUUAGAAAACAAACACCCAACCUAGUUGGAGUUGAUAAAACUGACAUCCUGGAAUUGGUAUUAAGUGAACUGUUGCCCACCAAAUCAAGUUCAUAGGGAGCUUCCAGAUCACACACACAAGCAUACAUGUACAGCAAUGUCCUUAUGAUGUUGUCAUCAUAAAAAUGCCAGUCCAUACACUUUUUAUAUUAAACCUGAAUUUUCCCUGAGCAUGGAAAAUCUAAUUAAUAAACAAAAAACCAUUUGCAGACAGAUGAUGUGUGUGAUGACACGUUGGUGGGUGUUUUUUAUUGCCACACCCCCGUUUCUGUUUGUUCCUCCCCUGAGCACAACCUCUCCAUUUGUUUCGAACAUGCUCCUAGACACAAUCCAGCACACCUAUGCUUUUGAUAUUUUGUUGUCGUAACACACUUGAAUUAGAAGUAUGGUUUUGGUGUGCUCGUUUGUUUGGAAAUCUUCUUUUAUAGACUAGUAAAGCUAAUCAUUGUUUCAACACAGCACCAAAAGCAUUAUUGAUUAUGAGAAUUGUUGAAUGAAUUAUUACUUGCAAGGUGUGAGGAAUGAGAGGUUAAAAUGAGCAAUUUGAAUUACCUGUAAAUUGAAUGCUGUUGCAUGUACUUAAAAACAUUUUGACAUGUUUCCAUAGCAAGCAGGCUGUGAUCAUGUGUUAAACUCUAAGGCAAGGCGAGAUAAAUGUGGAAUCUGUGGUGGUGAUGAUUCUUCAUGUAGAACUCUUGCAGGAACUUUCAAUAGCGCUCAUUAUGGUAUGUUUCUUGAUAUCCAUCUAUCUAUUUACAUAUUUAAUUGCAUAUGGCACUGGCUUUCAUAUGCCAAACAGAUUCUCAAGUUUGAUUUUGUGUGUGUGCAGUCAGCUGUGUUUUUCUACUAGCGAAUUCAAACAAUUCAAAAUUAAAAUAAUAAAUAUUGGCAUUAAAUCAUUUUUUCUACAUUCCACAAUGCUGUUCAGUAUGCCAGACAUAUUUUCCUUUCAAAAAAGGCUGUAUUUUCAAACCCCUAUAUUAUAAUCUUAUUAAUUUCUAAAAUUACUUUCGUUUCAUUCCCAAACCCAGCUACAGAAAGGAAAGCUGUUGGAGUGUUAUGAGCAAGUUUAGUAUAGUGCCACAUAUUUGAAUGGUUUAAAUCAGUAGUUCUAAACUUUUUCAGACCGGGGGCCCACCUUUAACCCAAACAUGCAUUACCAAUGCUGUGUUUUUACUUGUGAGAUAUAUAAUUUUCUUUUUCUUUUUUUGUCUUGGUUAUUAUGGCCUGUGAUUAAGAUAAUUAAUAAACAAAGCAAUAUUAUAUAGGGAAUAAAUUGUUUUCGUUGCUCCUUGGAAGUGAUUAUCUAGCGGUAACUUGUUAUUCUGGCAGGGGACAAAAACAAACAAACCAAAAAGCUGCUUUAAUUUCUCUUCAGGUUUAUCACUUCUCUUGGGAAGUUUAUUGUUUACAAGCAUAAUCUUUCAUAGGAUUAAUUUAAGUUUAAUUAUAUUCUAGGCUAUAACAUUGUAGUAAAAAUUCCCAUAGGAGCAACAAACCUUGACAUACAUCAGCACAGCUAUUCAGGGAAGCCAGAAGACGACAACUAUCUUGGUAAGUGUUUCAGAUAAUCCGUUACUGGCUUCAUUCCCUAUGAGAAAUCCAACAGCCCUAAGACUCUCUUGAACACCUUUGCAUAAUAUCACUCUGACUCAGUGGUAUUUUACCAUAUUCAGUGGUAUUUUACCACUGUGGGGUUCAAAUUAAUUCUUACAAUUAUUUGAACCUUGGAAUUUAUUUUAAUGUUCCAUAUCGUAAUUCCCUAGCAAUAAUUAAAUCAUUACAAAUGUGCAAGAUGCAUGUAAGUAUGAAGUAAAGAUGCACUAAUGGUGAUUGUUUCUGUUAAUGUUGUUAUAGCAUUAUCCAACACUCAGGGGCAUUUUUUCCUGAAUGGAAAUUUUGUUGUGAGCUUGUCUAAAAAAGAAAUCAGUAUGUACGGAACUAAUUUUGAGUACAGUGGGUCAAACAACACAGUGGAGCGAAUAAACAGCACUGGCCAGCUGGAAGAGGAGAUUCUUUUGCAGGUGAAUCUUCAAUAUGUUAAUUAAUAGUAUGCAUUUGCGUUUUUUUAUGCACCAGGAGUGAGGAAAAAUUCAUUGAAAAACAGUUUUUAAAACAUCUUUGUUUAGGUGUUGUGCGUAGGGAAUUUAUACAACCCAGACAUUCGCUAUUCAUUCAAUGUUCCUGUAGAAGAAGGCCAGGAUCUGUUUAUAUGGGACCCCUAUGGGCUUUGGCAGGACUGCAGCAAAAUGUGUCAAGGUAUUGUCAUUUUCUUGGUUGAUGUGAUUUUAAAGAUAUUUCAAAAUUUCUUGUCGUAACCUGCUGUAAAUUAUAUUUAUUUCUCUUUCACCUUGCUGUGGUUUGAUUAUGGAAAUGUGUGCGAAACAUAGUUUUGUGUAGGCUGCAACUUGGUAGACCAUCGUCAUAAUUUCCAUAAGAUUCACUGUUUAAAAGCAAGGAAAUUCUGAUUUUAAAAACUUUGGAACAAUGGAAAAAUAAUCGGAAAUGAUGCUCCUACUAGAAUGGGGACAAGUAAAAGAGGAUGCCUUCACCCUUGUGUGGCUUCCUUUUAUUACAUAUACAAGACAGCAACACAAUCCCCCUGACAGCAUGUAGACUGAUAUGGCUAAAUUGACCCAACACCCCCCACCCCCUCUCAUACACAAACAAAACACUUUGUGAUUCACUGAAUGCAACCAACUGUGCUCUGGGUUUCCCAGCGUCUCCACCACCAACACAAACAAACAAACAAACAAACAAACAAACAAACAAACAAACAGACAGACAAAUAAAGAACCUCCAGACACAAAAGAUUGAAAUAACAUUAUCCCCCCUUCUUUCUCCCCCUCUCACUCACCAAUUCUUUCCUCCCAACCUCACAAUGCUUAACACAGCAAUGUCUCACCCCAAAUGUAACUGGCCUGUAGAAAAGAUCUUAUGAAUUGAAAACAGAGAUGUUGUAUGUUCCCUUGUUAUCCAUGAGAAUCUUUCAAUAAAAACAAAUUUUAAAAAAUAAAAAUAAAUAAAUGACAUUUCUAGUUCAGCAUACCAAGAAGCUUAGGGAAAAGCUCCCAUCUUUAUGAAAUGUCCAUGCAAGAAAAUUUGCAUUUUGUGAAUGCUGUCCUGUUCAUAACUAAGUUGCAAAUUAUAUGUACGAUCCCUGUGUUUUGAUGUUGUGCUAAACUACUAGUGUGGCAGGAAUAGACCUGAGUUGAGCCUCUCACUUUCACACUUCUCCCUUCCUCCUCAAGGCAAGACUGCAAAGAGAUGGGCAGCUUUCACUGGUUUUAAUUAACUGCAGUUUAGUAAGUAAUUCAGUCCUAAAAUGUGGUUGAUGUUAACCAAUAUUUGUUUAAACACAACAGCUUCAUAACUCAUAGGUUGGUGUCUGUUUCAAACAAACCAUAGGUAAGAUUAACCACAUAUUGGGCUCAAAUAAUAUGACAGGCUAUGUUUAAUUCAAAUGGAGGAGUUCUGAAUCGAACUCCUCAUGGCUACCUCAGUUUUAUCAGUGCUGAGUCUCCUCCCUGAUGUUGGAGACUGUCAGCUCUCUGAAGUGAACAAGGAAGGUAGAUGGGGAGGGGAACUAAAACGUUUAUUGCAAAUUUUGAUGAGAUUAAGCUUUGAUGAGAUUAAAGCCUGAAAUAAAAUCUACUUUCAUCCUGUAUAAAUCUCAUCUUUAACUUUUUCUAAACCUUUUAUUUAAGGUCUUCACAGGAGGGAGGUUACAUGCAUACGAAGGAGUGAUCAUUUGGUGGUCUCUGACCAAAGAUGUGAGCAUAUAACCCGUCCCACAGCCGUAACAGAACAGUGUAAUACAGAAUGUGAAUUAAGGUAUAAACAUUUAUCAAAUUGUAUGACUAGAUUAACGUUAACUCAAACUGUUACAUAUUCUGGAUUUACUUUUGUAACUUCGAAGUGUGUGUUCCACAAACUCAUUUAAUUCACUGUGUUUGGAUUUUUUUAUAUGAUUUCUUUAAGUGGUAUAAAAAUUCAUUGAGUUGGUGUUUCUUGCAUUGAAUGAUUACAAAUAAUAAAAAAGUAAGCUUAAUGUUUGUUUGUUUGCUCCCCAUUCUAUUUGAAGACCUUCAUAAUUUAGGUUACCUUUACACACUAAAACAUAUUUAGUUUUAUAUAAUAGUUUAUACUUAUAGGUGGCAUAACACUGGCAAAAGUGAGUGUUCAACUCGGUGUGGCCCGGGGUUUCGAUCUUUAGACAUCCACUGUAUGAAGUACUCUGUUUCAAAGGGACUGAGUGUUCCAGUGGAUGAUAAAUACUGUGCUGAUCAACAGAAACCACCAAUCCGAGAACCCUGUCAUGGAGACUGUCUUCUAACAAGCUGGCAUUACACAGGAUGGUCAGAGGUACUGAUCUAGAACCUUCCUAUGAUUCGUUUUUGCAUUAACAAGUGCGCUGUAGCCUUACUGUAUUUUCUGAUAAGCAACAGAACGCUCCAUUCAUGUGUAAACCACCAGCCAUUUUUGAACAUAAGAAUUUUUUUUAAGCAUUCAACAGUUUAUAACAACCACAGAACAAGAUGCUAAAUCUUUUCCAGCCCGAAGCAUGCAUUGAUGCACAUCUGUGCUUCUAUUCCUUAACACGCACUUGUUUAUUUUAUAAUGAUACAUUUCUUAUCUUUUCUCGAUUAAACCAGUGUUCGAGGAGUUGUGGACGAGGUGCGAGAACCAGAGAAGCUUUUUGUAUGAACAACUUUGGCCGCCGGCUGGCAGAUAGAGAGUGCCAUGAACUUCCAAAGAUUAUUACGGAGAGCUGCAAUGAGUUCUUGUGCCCCAGCUGGACCACUAGUGAUUGGAGUGAGGUAAUGUGUGCAGAUUGAUUUCACUGUUGUGAAGCCAUUAAGCCCUUUCCACCAGAAUCGCCAGAGAUUCCUGGUGAACUGUGUGUUUAGAUUGAGUUUGGAGUUCUUAUUAUCCCUUCUUAAAUUCCUUAUGCCCAAACUCAUUACUUAGCCCUGCUCCCACUCCUCACUUAAAAUCAAUAUAUUUCAUAAUUCUGUGGGCUGGACAGUACAUUUUGGGCUGCCAUGGAUGGGAGCAAAGCUUGAUUCCCAUUUAAAAGUAGUAGUGGCAGGCACCCACCUCUAAAACAACUGCCGUACACCUGGCAGGGAAUGGUAUCACACAGGUGUCACUUUGAGACUACAGAUUUGCUGAUUUUUGUGCUAUUAACAUAGGUUUAGCAUGCUGUUAAUGUGAGAAACUUGAUAGCGGGUGAUAAUAAACGUUAGGAUUUUUCUUUUUACUUAUGCAGAUUUUAUUACUUUGUUUGUGUACUUCCAAGAGCCUUGUUGGAGGAGGAGCUGUAAUGUAAAAGCUGCAUGAAUCAAUCAACAAAUAACACUCAAAUCUUUUUAUCAUCUCUGAUACUCUGCGUAGUGUCCUGUGACUUGUGGGAAGGGAAUGAGGCAUCGACAAGUAUGGUGUCAACUGAAUGACGAACAACUGGAAAAUGUAUUCUGCAAUCCAAACUCUAUGCCAAAUUCAAUGACAGCAUGUGAACUUAAUGAAUGUGCAGCUUGGCAAGUGGGACCCUGGGGAGCAGUGAGUACAUAGAAGUCCUUACAUAAUAUUAUUUUCAAGCAUUUCACCAGUAAAAAGCCUCUUCUUAAACCAUUCCUGUGAAGACAGGGGGACAGGUAGGUUAAAGAUGCUCCAAAAAUAUAUUUGUUAUCGCCUAAGAAGUCUUUGUACAAGGCCUCAGAAUGCUUGAUGAAAGACUUUGAGGAUCAGGUGGAGAACUUGACAAAUGGGCAGUGGAGAAACUGUAGUGGGAAAAGAGAAAAUAUAUAUACAGUGGUACCUCUGGUUAAGUACUUAAUUCAUUCUGGAGGACUGUUCUUAACCUGAAGCACCACUUUAGCUAAUGGGGCCUCCUGCUGCUGCUGCGCCGCUGCUGCACAAUUUCUGUUCUCAUCCUGAAGCAAAGUUCUUAACCUGAGGUACUAUUUCUGGGUUAGCGGAGUCUGUAACCUGAAGCGUAUGUAACCUGAAGCGUAUGUAACCCGAGGUACCACUGUAUAGCCAGGAGACAGAGAGCUCUAAAGGCAAAAACUAGCACCUUCAAAUUCAUUCAAAGUAGGGUAGGAAUCCACUGUAGAAAUUUAAGAAGAGGAAUACAUGGUUAGCAACAGUUGGAACUGAAGAAUUUUCCAUUUGUCUCUGUGGAUCCUAAGUCUAAUCUGUUCUAUCUUUACGGAAUUGUUUGUGUUUAGUGCUCUGUUACAUGUGGGCAUGGAUAUCAAGUGCGUGCAGUCAAAUGUGUUGCUGGCAUUUAUGGAACGAUUUUGGACGAUAACAGAGAGUGCAGCGCUGCAACUCGUCCAAGGGACAGCCAAGUAAGCAAAACAAGUAUUUAGAGAAAGUGCUGUGAAAAAAUAACAAUUAAGUGAGUUUUAUUCUACCCUUCCAGCCAUCUCAUGUUUCCAAAAUGUACUUUUUCACCUUUAGGAAUGUGAAAUGGCUUCUUGUCCAGAGACCAUCAAGCUGUGGCCAACAUCACUUCCUGUGAUCCAGACUGAUAAAGCGGCUCAGUGGAGAUACGGAUCAUGGACUCCAGUGAGUGAUAUUGCAAUGGUGCAAUCAAACGUGCAUUUUCCUUCUUUAUUUCACAAUUACUUAAACUUCACCAUUUCAAAAUAUUAUUCUAUAAAUAAACUGGGAUAAGGAUAAGAUCUUAAGAAUUGUCUUCUCUUGAUAAGAAAAAGGGAUGAAAAACUCCUGCAUCCCUUUUCAGCAAAUUAAUUUAGCCCAUUUGUUUUGCAGUGUUUAUAGUACAACAUUAUGCAUUUGUUCGCUGCUCUUAUCUCUUUUUCAAAUUGUGCACCAUGCAUAGGACGCCUUGUCCCCAGGAGCAGAAUAAUUGGUAGGCAGACCAGUUGUGGGUUAAAAAAAAAUAACAGGCUGCAAAUUUUUCAAAUUGUGCACCAUGCAUAGGAUGCCUUGUCCCCAGGAGCAGAAUAAUGGGUAGGCAGACCAGUUGUGGGUUAAAAAAAAAUAACAGGCCGCAAUUUACAGCAAGAACAUGGGGUUGACAUGGCAUGGGGCAAGGAUCAGUAAUAGAACAGCCCACCUGCUGUCUGAGUGAGAUGGGUUGUCCUGGUCAGGGUCCUUUGUUCCGGCUGGGGUUCAAGCAAGGCCAGUAUAAGAAGUCUUGUUGUACAGGAUGGCUUACCUUGACAGCUGCAGGGCUAGGGAGUCAAGUGCUAACAAAUGGCACCAUAAUGAAAAGAAUCUAGGUAAACUGCCAACUACACAGUGGCAUUCUUGACUUCAUUGAAUAUUUGGCGCCCUAGUUGACUAGCAUGCCAACCCUAAGGAACAUAUCCUAGCUACACUUAAUAUCUUAGGGAAAGAGAAGUUUCUUGACUCUGGGUCCUGAGUAUGUGCCUCUUUGGUUAGAAUAGUACAAUUCUGGUUUUGGUCUGUCUUUGCAGUGUUCUGCAUCUUGUGGGAAGGGGAACCGUGCGCGUUACGUAAGCUGCCGGGAUGGUCACGGCAGAGUAGCAGAAGAAUCAUUUUGUGCACAUUUGCCACGACCCGAAGAACUUUCAAGCUGCUUUAGUCCCUGUGGUGUUUGGCAGUCUGGAAGCUGGUCACCUGUAAAUAUUACUCUUUUUCCCAUUUUGUUUUUUAUUUUCCUAUUUUAUAUUAGAACGCCAGUGUACACCUAGGUAGAAAGACUUCCUAUGUUUAAUUUCUGAUGAGGCAUGCAUAGAGUUGCUUUGGCCCUUGUUCAACAAAUGUAGAUAAUUGUUAAUUGCAAUUUUUUAAAAUAAUUGUUAAUCAUUGGUUAUCACUUUUUCCUGUUACGUUGUGUCACAUAAAUGUUGGGUUAAUUUUUGGUCAGUGCACAGUUACAUGUGGUAAUGGAAUAGUAACAAGGCAAGUUGUCUGUGUCAACCACCAUCAACAAAUUGAUGAGAAUUACUGUGAUCCCGAAGGCCACCCUGCAAAAGAACAAGAAUGUAACAUGCCACCCUGCCAGCCAGUUUAUCACCACAAUCCGGAUACACGUGAACAUCCAAACCACCAGGAUUAUCCUCCAAUGCACAAGGUCCAUGAUUCACAUGACAAUGUAAACUCAAGGAAUCACCACUCUCCUCAAGGAAACCAGUGGAGAACAGGACCAUGGGGAGCAGUAAGUAAAUCAUUGUCUGUGUACAUUUUUCUGCAAACAUUUGAUGAUGAUGAUGAUGAUUACCCCACCCAUCUGGCUGGGUUUCCCCAGCCACUCUGGGCAGCUCCCAACAGAAAAAAAGGUGAUAAAAUAUCAAACAGGGCUGCCUUCAUAUAUCUUCUAAAAGUCAGAUAGUUGUUUAUUUCCUUGACAUCUGAUGGGAGGGUAUUCCACAGGGCAGGCACCACUACCAAGAAGGCCCUCUGCCUGGUUCCCUGUAACCCCACUUCUUACCGUGAGGGAACCGCAAGAAGGCCCUCGGAGCUGGACCUCAGUGUCCAGGCUGAACGAUGGGGGUGGAGACGCUCUUUCAGCUAUACUGGGCCGAGUCCGUUUAGGGCUUUAAAGGUGAACAGAUCUUGCUGCUGUUCACUUUUUCCAUCCUGUAGGUCCCUGAUCCAGAGGUGUCCACAUGCAAACUGUCAACACAUAUACUGUAAUCUUCCUUACAUGUUUCCCUUCCCUCACUGAACACCACAACUAUAUAUAACUCUGAUGUUAUAUUUUAGGUGCAAACAAGGUUCUCCUUCCUUGCUCUAAACUGAAGGAUGGCGUAGUGUGAAAAUACAGUCUUUCAGAGAGGAGAUUGCAGCCACUUUGCUCCUCCUCUAGACCUGCUGCUGCGGUGCAGCUGUGAGCUAAGCCAUGGUUGUACUUUGUGUGCUGUCUGAACGCAAGCUUGUACUUUGUCUCCUCCAUACAAACCACAAACUGUUAGCCAAGAGCAAGCCUUUGUUGCAGCUCCUGGUUUGUCUGAAGCACCACAAACCUCAAAUGCCUGAAUUCAGGUGGCACACUUAGCCAAUAAUAAUAAAUUUUUAUUUGUAUCCCGCCCUCCCCUACCGCAGCUGGGCUUAGAGCGGCUCACAGCCACCACAGCAGAUGCAGGACCAAUGAUGGGAGCAAAGGGACUGUGAUCUCCUCUCCUCGACCCAACACAUCUGUGUGUAUGCACUGAGUUUUGUGCUAAGUGUGAACUGGAUCACUGUAUUCCUUUGGUAUUCAUACAACUAGGGCAGCAUAUUGUGUUUAUUGCCUCCUAGUGCUCAAGUACUUGUGCUGGUGGAUUUCACCGCCGGGUCGUGGUGUGCCAAGAUGAGGAAGGAAGAAGUGCUAGCUUCUGUGAUGAAGCACUGAAACCACCUGACUCCAGCCAUUGCGAUUCUGGUCCCUGUCCAAGAUGGAACUAUGGGGACUGGGGAGAAGUAAGAUGAUUAGACUCCAUUUGGUUAAAAAAGAGUAUUUAUUUCUAUUAAUGCUUUCUAACUUACGAUUUGAUGUUAGACAAAUUCCACGCAGCAUUAUGAACCCAGCAAUAUAACAUUUGUUACCGAUUUAGUCCAUUUUCUAGACAAACCCAGCCCUGGUUCACAAGUAGAGAAUGAGGCUGACUUGCAGAUGUUUUAGCAUAGUAAAGAAACGUUAAUUUCACUGCUGUCUGUUGUAUUUUUAACAGUGGAUAUUCCACCUCAUUUUUAAGAAUCCACCCCCCUUAUCUUCUUCUGUUUUCACCUAUCAUUUUGUGUCAUGCUUCUCAAAUAUCUAUGUCUUCUAUAUUGUAACCCUUUUCUACAGGUAUAUAAAACAGGCUGCAACUCACUACGCUUGCUGGGAGUAAACCCAUUAGACCCAUAUAGGCUUCCUCUUUUAGCUAGUUCUUUUUUAAAGAAACAUUUUAUGGUAAUAAUAGUAGUAAUAGUUGUUUUUAGACUGUUGGGCUAGGACCUGGGGAACCAGGGUUUACAUUUCCCCUCAUCUAUGAAGUGAACUUGGAUCAAUCACCUUGUAUCAGCCUAACCAACGUAAACACGUAAGAACAACACUAAUAUAGCUAUUUUCCUUACAAAAAAACACCAGUUCUAGAUAACCAGGCAGUAUACACAUUUAUGUAAAAGAAGUGGCUACACCAGUUUUGUUUUCCUCAUAUGGAAAGGAUAAGCCCAAUGAAUGCCACACACAGCUGGUUGGAAUAAGGAAUACAGAUGUCUUUGAUAAUUAAAAUUAUGAGCAAUAAACGACGGGCUUUUCUUGAUAACAGUACCAUUCAUGAAAAUGCUGAUCUGUAUUUAACUUGCAGUGUACUCAGACAUGUGGCGAUGGAAUAAAGACACGACUGGUGAUCUGUCAGCUUGCAAAUGGCCAAGCGCUGAAUGAUCAAAACUGUGAACUGCUAGAGAAACCACCUGAAAGAGCACAGUGUGAUAUACAUGCAUGUCCCGUUGAAGUUUCAUGGCAUCGUGGACCAUGGAAAUUGGUACGGUAGUAUUCACUAUCAUAUUUAUUUUACUUUCUUCCUUUCCCCUUUGCCUUUUUGUUUAUUAAGUAGAAGUUUUGUUUAAAUACAAGAAGAACAGUGCAUUCAGUAUGCAUUUUGUAUAUGUAGUUUGCUACUUGGUGUUGUAUCUUAACCCCUGUAGCUGCUACAUUGCUUCAAGCCUUGAAAAUGGCUAGUCAAUGGUGGCAAUUUCAGUGACUCUAAUAGAAGUCAAAUUGAUGCUUUGUACACUCUAGGGUGUGGGAACAAACAUGCAGGUUUCUGAUCAUCAAGAGUGACUAAGCUUUUUGUUACUAACUGGUUUUGAAGGCAACGAAAAGGGGGACUUGUUUAAAAGUCAGCGUAAAAGUCUAUAAUGUUUUCUACAUAUUUAUUUUUGUACAUAGAAAAUAAUGAACACUCUAAUGUCUCUUUGUUGUGUAUAUAGCUGGCUUGCCUUAUAUUCAGUAAUGUAUACCAUGCCAUCCAUACAGUGUGUGAUAAAGACUCAUAUUUGCAGGCUACAGAAAUAUGUAUAAUACUGCAUUGUGUAUAAAAUACAACAGCUUUCAUUUUAUGGUUCAGAUAGAUUUUGAUUAGAAGUUAUAAGCACUAGCCUGCACAUGUCUAGGGAUUGUGUGUUCCCCUGUCUCAUUUGUGUGUGAGUAAGGAUAUUUAAAGUAUCUAUUCCUGGUUUGUACAGACUGCAGUUGCCUGAGUUCAGAUGAAAUGGGGGGGGGGGGAAGGUUUAGAACAAACCAAUGAGAUUUAAGUCUCCUCCCUUCACACACAAAGGGGAGAGCAACAAGGCAUGUUUUAUUGUUGUGUUUGAACAAGAUCACACCUUGGUUAUACCAAAAACAUACAUAGCUAUUGCCAUUGAUGCUUUCACAAGUGCCAUUCCGCCCCCUCCAAAAAAAAAUGUGAAUUAUCCAGCCAAAGUUAAGCAGUUUAUGGGCUUAUUCAUGCUUACCACACAGGUUUGCACUUUCCCAGUCUGUGCCCAAGUGCUAUUUUCCCUCAGGAAAACCCAAUCUUUACCACUGAAUUGGAGCAAACAGCAAUUCAGGUUUUCUGCAGAUUGCCAUUUGCUCCGAUUCAACGGUAAAGAGCAGGUUUUCACAGAGAAAGUGCUAAGGCAAGAAACAAAAGUGCUCAGACACAGACUUGGAAAGUUCAGACCUGUGCGGAGCUAAGGUAAGCAUGGAUGAGCCCUAAGUGUGUUGUAGUUAAAGAUGCUUGAGUCAUGUUCUUAGUAUAAUCACAGUAUUAUUAUUUUGGGAGUAGAAUUGGAUAGUGGGAGUUACUGGAUAACAGAAUAACACUGAUUAGUCUAGCUAAGCAGAUCGUGCUGGAAAACUCACUGCAUUUAUUAGAAGCCUCUGGUUUUAUUAAGAACGAUUUUGCAAGCAAAAUUGUUCAGCGUUCUGUUUGACUAUGUCAAUAUCUAUAAGGUUAAUACUAUAAUAUCCAUUUGCAGUGAUUUUUCUUCCACUGUUUUGAAGUCAAUUUUAUAAACAAACAUUUUAUAUGCCGAAAAAUAUUUAAGUAAUUAUUAAAACCUUUUCAUGCUGCAAAUAGAACUUUCAAUCUAGAGCAUACUGAACAUUCAGCACCAGAAUAUUUUGCGAAGCAUUUCCAUGCUUAAAUUGCACUCAUUACAAUUGUAAAAUUGUAAAAUUAAACUCUGGCUGAAUUCUCUCCAUUUGAAUUCAGUGGUGCUAAAGAUGUGUCUGGAUCAUACCUCGUAAUAUUUAUUUUCCUUAAUGACUCUGAAAUGGUAAACACUAAUGAUGUUGGAACUAAUGCAUGAAUAUGCCAGUAACCCAAUUAGCAAGGCAUGGAUUCUAGAACAUAAAUGAAAAUAAGAUCAAGACAUGGCAAAGCUGCCAGUACUGGAAAGAAUAAUAGUUUUACUCAGUUAAAAGUAAAUGCAAUAGAAAAUUAUUUAGGCUCUAAGUUUAUUAGAAUAUGUGAAGCUACUUUUGUCUUCAUUUGUAGCUCCAAUACCCUCUCAUGUGAAUGGAAGUAACCAACCAACUUGGUGAAGCUGUGAACUUCUAUAUUUACUCCUAGAUGGGUUUCUGUUCGCUCAUAAAGCUUUAUAAGUGAACUGACAUCUUUAUCCUAAAUGCAUUAAUUCAGCAGUACAUUGGGCUGGAUCCAGAGCAAGUUCAUUGCACUUGGGCUCCAGUGGGAAGUUAGUCAUGAUUGUUGAGAGCCAGUGUGGUGUAGUGGUUAAGAGCGGUAGUCUCUUAAUCUGGUGAACUGGGUUCACGUCUCCGCUCCUCCACAUGCAGCUGCUGGGUGACCUUGGGCUAGUCACACUUCUUUGAAGUCUCUCAGCCCCACUCACCUCACAGAGUGUUUGUUGUGGGGGAGGAAGGGAAAGGAGAAUGUUAGCCGCUUUGAGACUCCUUCGGGUAGUGAUAAAGCGGGAUAUCAAAUCCAAACUCCUCCUCCUCCUGAUAUUUCUCAUUGUUGUCAGUAGGGUCCAAGUGCAACUAACUUGCUCAGGAUGCAACUAAUUCUGUUUAUUGAAAUUAUGUACAAAUAAGAUUUAUUGUGCAGUUUUUAGCUUCCUUUUAUUUUGUAGAUCAAGAUGCAGUAGAUAUUAUCAAUCCUCUUCUGUGUUUAUAUAUUUCAACCCCUUUCACCAUUAAGUCAUUGGCCACCAUCUGUUCUUGGCUUCAGUAGUCCUUGGAGUCUGAUGAAGUAUAUAUAAGUAAAAGAAUAUUUAUUUGACCCGUGUUAAUGUAAAGAUGGAAUUUUCUGUCAUAAAAGUGCCUCCACUCACUUAUUAUAGUGCCUGAAAGUAUUUAUAUUUUUAAUAGUCUUUUAUAUUAAAAGGGAAGUCAGGAUCUUGCUUUCAAAACCAACUACAUACUUCUUCCUCUGCUGCUGAAUAUUGUCAAGCGUCAGAAUACCUCAUUGCUGAUAUUUGUCCAAUGGUUUGUUUACUAACUUCAGUCUUACUUUUAAUGCUUUGGGAGAAAAGAAUGAUCUGCCAAUGUCUGACAUAAUUCAUACAAUGAAAUCAAAAGACUCUAAACACUUGACACUCCAUCCAGCGCAUAAUUGUGUUGAAAAAGGAGAACAAAAUAGACAUUUCUAAAAUUCUCAAACAAGUUUAAUGUGUUGAUUGUAUUGUUGUUGUUGUUACUGUUGUUUAAAAAUGUCCAUGUUAAUGUUCUAUUACCUUGUAGUUAACAGAAUAAAAUAAUAAUAAUUUAUGUCUGAUAAUUUAAUUUAAUUAUAUGGAUACUACUUGGUGUCUAUGCAAAAUAAUUUCUUUUUGAUUUAAUUGUUGUGUCACCUGUCUUUCGUGGCUUCAUAAUUGUUAAUAAUUAAAUGUGCUUUUAUUAAUUCAUCCUUUGUUUUUGGAUUGCUGUUUGGAAUUAACCAUUGAUGUGGAAGUGUUUUAUAUGACAAUAAAUGUGCUAUUCUUCAGUGCCAGUGCUUUCAUAGGGGAAUAAUUGUUACAACACCCUUAAAUAAUUAAAGAUUGAAAUACUGCAGAGUUUGUCAUGGCCUUUAUGUGUGGACUUAUAUUAUCUAUUAUCAAAAAUAUACUCUGAACCAGGAAGACACUUAGUGCUUGGUGGAAUCUAAGUAUAUUCCUUUCCGUGUCAGAAAGAAAAAUGCCUCAGGUAGGAGUAAAUCAUUCCAUAACUACUAAAGUUUGAAUUCUUUAACCAAUGUGAUCUAAAACAAAUACUAUUUCAAUAUGACUGUGACAAUGUGACUGUCCCAGCUCAUGCCAAACUAGUAGUUCGAAAACAUACCAGCACAAGUAGAUAAACAGGUAAGGUGGCGGGAAGGUAAACGGCAUUUCUGUGCGCUCUGGUUUCCAUCACGGUGUUCUGUUGCGCCAGAAGCGGUUUAGUCAUGCUGGCCACAUGACCCGGAAAGCUGUCUGUGGACAAAUGCCAGCUCCCCCAGCCUGAAAGCAAGAUGAGCGCCACAACCCCAUAGUCGCCUUUGACUGGACUUAAACGUCCAGGGGUCCUUUACUGUUUAGACAUCUCAAGUAGCAGAUUUUGGGUGUCAUGAAAGACAAAAAAUACAAAUUGUUAGCUAUUUAAUGUGUAAUUAAUGUCAUUGACCACAAGGGAAGGGGAAAGGUGAGAUUUUUCUGCCUUUGGCACUGAAGUAACUAUAUUAACAGCUAAUACGGAUUAAAUAUGCACACUAAUUGUGGUGUCCUUUGGCCACAUUCUUAUGUCACAAGUAACCAGGGUUGCUGGUGUACCAUGGUUUAUUGUGUGCAGACACACUAUUUGCUUACUCCAGCUUCGUUCCUCCUCUGACACAAUCGGGAGAACCAAACUAGGAAGCCACAAUCAAGCUUGGCUUCUUGUUAUAACCAAACCCAGGGUUGUGCAAGCCAUGAUUGCUUGUCAGCCUUAAACCAUGGUUUGCUCCUGACUUACAAAUCCUGGCUUGUUAGAGUGUAACGUGCCUUGAUCUUAGGUUUGGAUGUAAUGGGAGGUUGAGCACAACCAUGUCUUACUUUGUUUCUCUACUCAUUCCUGGGAAGGAAUGAAGCAGGAAUGAUAAACUAGGAAGCUGCUUAUUCACAACAAUCCACCAUAAGCCAGCAGUCCUGGCUUACUGUUACACGUGAACUCUGUUUUGUAGAGAUGGGUGUGUGUAUGUGCAUCUAUUUAUUUAUUUAGAGCACUUGUACCCUGCUCUUCAGCCAAAAAAGGCUUCCAGAGCAGGUUACAUGAAAUCAAAGCAAGAUGCUCCCUACCUGCAGGCUUACAUUCAAAUAAAUAACUUAAAAUACAACACACAAAGGAAAAGGGACAAGGAGGAAAGAGGAAAAUGAAACUCGAAACUCAGGCACCAGUUUGUAGACAAUUGUUCAGGCAGGCACAGUUGAGAGGCAGGAGGUCCCUGGUGGAGCUGGGACUCCAGAAAAGCGGAUGCAAUGAACCCUGCUUUCCCACUGAGGCAGCCUGAUGAAAUGGCUUCGCCCAGAUGACAGCUGAAGGGAGAGGAGGCCUGAUGGAGCUGGCCUGUCGCAGCAGAGCUGGUGGAGUGAGCUCUGCUUCUUCAGUUUUGUUUGGUGCCUGCAGAUCUUCCUGGAUCCUGAGGUGGUUUCCACCAAGUUCAUAAUACAGGCGUUGGGGGAUCUGUGAAACGACGUGGUUUGAGUUGUAGCUCAUUCUUUUGCAGCAUCCCAAACCAUAUUUUACCCUGUUUGGGGAAGAACGAAGAGCUAACCUGAAGAGGUAUGUACAAAAUGAGCUGCUUUUAAGUUGCUUAGCUAUAAUGAGUUGUUAAGCCGUUUUCCCUACAACAAUUUUUGAAAUACAUUUUGCUAGAUCAUUCAGCGGCUGCAAAUAUGAGCUGCCUUAGUUUUGAAAGUACUUCUGUUCAUGCAGAACAAUCACUAUACUUCCCACAGUAGGCAUUUGUGACCCCCAAACUGUGUGUAUGGUACUCUUAUGUACAUAAAUGACAUGAAACCAAAGGAGUUGAAUGGAUUCAUGGGGAAUAUGUCUAUCAGUGGCUACCUACAUGUUCAGAGGAAGAAUGCUUUUGAAUACCAAUUUCUGGGAGGAAGCAGCUGGGGUGGGCUUUUCCCCUCUUGUCUCGCUUGUGGUUUUGCAAAAAUGUGCCUUUCCUAAGAUCAGGCAGGGCUAUUUUUAUGUUCUUAAAUCCAAAUUUUCAUCUGCCUUAACUGGGUAUUCCUCAGUGAAAACAGAAUGUCUCAAUCUAUUUUGUUGUUGUUGUUCCUGAAGCACAUGAAUCAAUCAAAUCAAACUGUACGUGUUCCAAUCCGCUCCUGUAAAAGUUGCAUCAGUUCCACAUGGAAACUCAUUGAAAUCCACUUUUUUCUGCCACACACAGCUAUUUGUUCUCUAGCAGGACUCUUGUCAAGCAAGAGGUGAUUCAAACGUAUCCUCUUCGACCAUUUUAUUGAUACUUUUUGCUUCAAUAUUAACAUUUCAUUGUUAUCAUCAAAUAGAUGUAAUUACAUUAAGUAAUAUAAUGUGGUUAGAGAAUAUCACAAAUUCUCUUAAUAAGCUCCUAAAGAUAUAUUAAAUAAUAUGAUGUAAUUUACUAAUGUCAUCAGUCCUAUUCAUGAUUCUACCUAAUGCUGUCCCUGCUGAAAUGUUCUUUUUUUAAAAAAAAAUAUUUUAUCGUUUUUUCAAUACAGACACCAACCACAAAACACACAUACAACAAAAACCACAAUAACACUAAUAAUACAAUUUAACAAUUCAGAUUUGAGUACUGAUAUACCUAUAACUACACCCUUUUAACAAUAUUUUCCCACCUCUCCCCCCCCACUUCCCGCCACUUUCCGCCUUAUCGCUUAAGUAUUCUUCCAGAUUUCUUCAUAUUUAUCCAUUCUUAAUUUGCGUCGAUAUUCAAUUCGCUCGUAUGUAACUAGUCUGUCCAUAUUGUCAAUCCAUGCUGAAAUGUUCUUGAUUUACAAAGCAGAUCCCUCUGCCACUCACCAUGCUUAACUUAGACCCAGCACCCAGCAGAUGGGUUCCUGUGUUCACUGCUUUGCAUGCCCAACAGUUGCAGGUACAUUGUAAAAGUACAUCUGUCUCAAUAUUGUUGGCAUAAUAGUUUUCUUUCAUUUGAAGAGGAACAUGCUGAAAUAUUCUUUGGUUCUUCUGUGAUCUUUUAGCAAAUUAUUCCUACUUUCAUUUUUGUGUGUGAAUUCUUUUGUUGCUGUUGACAGAAUCAUUCCAGCCAUCAUCUUUGUCAGUGUUCUUUCCCUAAUGUGACUUUCAUCUUGUGAUAAAUGCAUGCAUUCCUCAUUUCUGAAGCAGGUGGGUGGGGGGAUUGAUAGUUAUAGCUCAACAUUUUGGAUGGUGUUUUAGGCUGGUUCAAGAUGUUCCCUGAAAAUCUCAUUCUCUCAUGCCAGUUUAGUGUGCCUACAUAGCCUGAUCAGCUGUUGAACUUUUUUCUUUCUAAAAGAGAAGUAGCUUAGGUAUCUUGUUAGUAAUAAUGGCAUCAUCACAUGUCGGUCAGGUGUUGCAACAUAGCAACACCACUGAAGCCAAAUGAAAUUAGUUCAGAGUGAAGGCAAUGCUUCCUGAACAUUACUCCGAAUUAGCUUGUUGGUUCUCAGUGAUAAUCUCAUGUGACUAAAUCUGGUUAUGCGGGAACUCACUUGUUUCUAUGGGAAAAUAACUAGUUUAAAGAGAAAUAGUGCUGCAGAAAUAGAUGAACAGAUCUCCAAAGAUACACCAGACCAUCCAACUGACAGGUAAUGCAGAAUGAAACCCAAAGGGAAAUAGGAGUACACCUAUGCAGCCAUGCUAAAAACACUUUGCCCCUUUUUGAGCCUUCCAGAAGGAUGUUGGAAAGGGGUCCUCAUGUUUGUAGGGCUGCAAAGUCAUUGUUUUGGUUUAGCCUCAAUAGAUACCCAAUUAUUAUAAUCAUUACUUCAUAAGGUGCACUUCAGUAUACUGGCAAAGGGUAUAUCCAGUAAAGGAUUAUAUCUGAACAGCAAUAUAAUGCAUAUAUGGGAUGCGGGUGGCGCUGUGGUCUAAACCACUGAGCCUCUUGGGCUUGCCGAUCAGAAGGUUGGCGGUUCAAAUCCCCGUGAUGGGGUGAGCUCCCAUUGCUCUUUCCACCCUAGCAGUUCAAAAGCAGGUCAGUGCAAGUAGAUAAAUAGGUACUGCUGUGGUGGCAUUUGCAUGCACUCUGGUUUCCAUCACGGUAUUCUGUUGCGCCAGAAGUGGUUCAGUCAUGCUGGCCACAUGACCCAGAAAGCUGUCUGUGAACAAAUGCCGGCUCCCUCGGCCUGAAAGCGAGAUGAGCGCUGCAACCCCAUAGGCGCCUUUGACUGGACUUAACCAUCCAGGGGUCCUUUACCUUUUUACCUUUCUUAUAAUGCACACUUGUGUAUAGUGUAUAUGGGAAGACAUUUGUGAUUAUGCAUGCAGUAACCAUAUGAUUGAUAUAUCAAGCUGUUUUAAAACUUUGCCAUUUUACCAGCUGGUAAUAAUAUUUUAAUGGCAUCUGUACUUGAAAUAAUGACUGGGCUUCAAAUUGUGAAGUAGGGAGGAAAUUUAUUGACAGCUGAUCCCACCACACGAGUAAAUGAAAAAUUAAGUGUGUGUGUGUGUGUGUGUGUGAGAGAGAGAGAGAGAGAGAGAGAGAGAGAGAUAUUUUCUGAUUCUCGGAUGGGAAUCAGAUGCCACAGCAAAGACCCCGUUAAGACAAAAGCAAAAAUAAUAAUUCCUUCUGUUGUAACGGGUUUGUGUGUAUGUCUUUUUUAUUAUUUUAAAAAAGCAUAUUAAACUGCAUGAAAUGUUGAUAUAUCUGUGCAGUUGGGGGAAAGCAUGCAUUGAUAGUAAAUAUUGAAUAAGUAAUUUUAAACUUUUAUGCAGUGUGAAAAUCAGUUUAUAUAGUGACACGCUUACAUAUUGUUCAAUAAUAAUUGAAUCUUAGAAGAAUUAUAAUUUUUCCAAUAUGUAGUUUAAUCCUGGGAGGGGGGGACAUAGCUGAGAAGAGUAGACCAACACGAUUUUAUUAUGGCAAUUUCAGUUGCAAUAGAGGUGUCAAACAUAAUGGCUUAGUGACCUCCUGAAAUCCUCCUGCACAAUAUACUAUUGAAUUAUCUUUAUAGUUUGAAAUCUGAUGUUCAUUUUAAAAUCAAUGUAUUUAUUUAUAAGCAUCCUAUACAUACAAAAAUAUCUAUAUAAACAAUCAGGUAAUUUAAGAGCUGCAGACAAUCUAUACUAAUGUCAUUGUUAUUCCUGGUAUAAACAAUUAGCAAUACAAUAAAGAUUUUCUCUUAAUAUUCCACAAUAAUCAAAUUGUUAUAAUAUUCAGCAAUUACCAAAAAACCUAUAUUUCAUAAAUAGUUGAGAACACAUUCUAUUGAAUUGAAUUGAAUUCACAUUCUAUUCUAUUCUUUACAAACCUUUUUUUUUUUUAAGCACAAAGGUUCAAAUCUAUCAAUGAUCGCUGCUGUGUGAUGCAGACAGAUGAAUUAUUUUCAGGUUUAAAAUAUGGGUGUGUUUCUUGCUUGGUGGCAAAUUAUUGGUCCUGCAAUCCAUUUGAAUUUAGCACACCUAGUCAGAAUCAUGAUUCUGAAAUUGUUGUUGCUGCUGCUGUUAUAUCUUACCCUCCCUUCACUUGAAAGUCCCAGGGUGGGCUGCAACAAUUUCAAAUACAACAUUAAAAACAGUUUUUAAAAAAGUUACAAUCUCAAAAUAAGGUCUUAAGAAUAUGUAUCUCAGGUAUCAAAGGUCACGGUAAAGAGGUGAGACUUUAGCAUUUGCUGAAAGCCAUUAAGUGACAUUUCCAGAUGUGUCUCUGUUUUAAAACAAUAAAUCUAAAUGGAACCCAUUAUCUGGCUACUGCACUUUUGAGCAGUUGACAUUUCUGAGUCAUCUUCAAAGCCAGUCGCAUUGCAGUUGUCCAAUCUGGUAGUGUCCAGAGCAUGGAGUACAGUGUCCAAGUCAUUUCUGUCCAAAAGGGGCCAGAGCUUGGCAAACCAGUGAGACUGGGGGGAAAGCACUCCUAGCCACUGAGGCCACCUGAGCCUCUGGUGACAGUGCUGAAUUCAGGAGUCACCCCUGGACCUGCGCCUUGCAGAGGAGUGCAACCCCAUCCAGAAUGAGCUGUUUCCCCACUUCCCAGGCAUGAGAACUUGCGGCACAUGACAUCUUUGUCUUUUCAAAGAUUCAGCUUUGAGGUAUUGACUCCCCUCCACCUAAUAUGCCAAUAACUGUCCUGAUAAUUAGAUGGAAGUGCUUCGUUUUGCCUGAAGACGAUUGAUGGAUUGAUAUAAUAUUUAAGCACUUCUUUGUGGAGGGUUGCAAGAGGGUGGUGUUUCGAGGAGAGAGGGUUAAAUUGGGAUGUGGAAAAUAUGAAAACAACAAGAAGAGGCAGGACAGAGAUUUGGAGAUAUGCUUCAGAGGUCCAGACUAUGGGGAGCCCCAAAAAAUCAGUAAUUACAAUUUGGAUUAUAAUUUGGUCUUUUUUUGUUUUUGUUUUUUGUUUAAUUGGAUUAUGAUUGGAUAUGUUGCUUGGAUGUUUUUUACUGGAAAAUCAAUAAAAAUAUUUUUUUUAAAAAAGAGGAGAGAGGGAAUGUGCUGUUGUUGCCAGAGAAACUGGGCUGAUACUUCUCAUCUUGAUCCAAUCCGACACAGUUGCAGCCGAAUGAGGCUGAAGAUGUGUCUUUGGAUGCACAACCAAACGCUGAUGUCACUAAUUCACAACACGUUGCUUUUUUUCCAUCCAAAUAUUUAACUUCAUCCACAUUCCACCACACUUAGCCACACACAGCAACGUGCCACUAGAGUUGGACUGGGGACAAAGCCUGGUUGUGCAGGGCUAAAUAGGCAAUGUAACCUCCUGCACAGCACAGCAAGGCGAGAAUAUUAGAAGCGCAUCUCCACUGUUCGAAGGGGUGGUUUCACUAUCCGUUUGUGAUGUGGCCUAAUCUCAUUGGCUGUGUCAGACUGCAGUCAUGGAAUCAUAGAAUUGUUGAGUUGGAAGGGACCCUAAGAGGUUCUCUGUGUAAUCCCUAACUGGUUGGGAUCAUUCAGUGAAGAAGAAUCACUGCAGAUGGAUCUGAAGCAACAAUAUUAUUGGGGCUAGGAAAACCUGAAAGGCUACUGUGAUGGGUAUGGGGUUUUUUCAAAGGUUUUUCUUGCCUCUUGAAAGCUCAAGCUUGAGUGUAAAAAUUCCUCACUAAGGCAAAGGAAAGAGAUGAGAAAGAUGGUGCAAAAAGGAAGAAGAGGAACUAUAGCUGGGGAAGGAGGGUGGGGAUACAAAUGGUGAAUGGCUUCAUGAAAUUUCACAGGCCUUGUCACCUCAAUCUCUUCCAGUACAGUUUAUUGCAGAACAUCCCAACUAUUCAGGAUUCUGCAAUCAACUGUGUCUUGAGGUGUCUGGAUGUGAAUAUUACACCUGUAUCAUAUGAAUUCAUUUGUAUUCCAGCGGCUGCAUUUGAUUGAUCUCCCUUGAAUGUUAUUAUUUAAAGGAAAAGGGGAUUUAGCAGACAAAGCCCAGUUACCAGAGAAGCAUACAGACUUUGAACAAUACUAAUCAAAUCCAGCUUUUGCCCUUUGAUGUGUUAAUAUUUUUAAAAGAAUCUGCCAUACAACAGAUGUUAGUUUAGUCCAGUUGAGAUAAGUAACAGAAUCUUAGCAUAAAUAAGAGAUCAUCCAGCUUCAAUUUAGUCGGUAUAUUUGAUUCUUCAAAUUAUGGCGAAUGGUUUCUGCAUGCUACGUCCAAUGAAAGUAUUUUGUAUAAAUCAUCAAAUGAAUAAGAUUUAAGACUGAAAUCUUGUACACCCUUACCUGGCAGUAAGUCCCAUUGACAAUGAUAAGACUUACGUUGGAGUGGUGAUGUAGAGAUGAUUGUGAUGAUUGUGCUGCAUAUCUUCUAACUGUAUAAUUGCAAAAAUGUUCAAAGAGAAAUAAAAUGGUUAGAAAAAACAGAGAGGUGGGGGGCACUUCUGUAGAAAGUGUGUGCAUCUGCCCAUAAGGGACUAUACUAUUUUUCUGAGCUUUAGCUAGGCUUAUCCUUUUUAGAGUAAACCCACUGGAAUCAAUGGAAUUUUAGUUAGCCCCAUUGGUUUCAAUGGGCCUUUCCUUAAGGCUAGAGCCAAUUAUUUCUUUUGUCUGUGUGAGAUGCAGCAAGCAAUUGAUUACUUUGCCAAAAACUACUUAUGCAAUAAAGUGCCAAUGGGUGUGAUAGGAUGUCAGGCUUCAGGGAACUGGCUUCCUUCCUCCCCCUUUGGCAGUAGAUAAGCAGAACAAAGAUAAAAGAGUCUCUUACCAGUUAGAAACUUUAAUGAUCACAGCAAGAGAGCAAAGAAUCCAUUCCUAGGAAUGAAGGUGCUCCCAAUUAAGGGUUCCACCCACUUCCUCCCUAGUCACCCCGUCACUACCGCAUCUUGUAACCUGAUCUUGCAACCACUGUGCUUUGUCUGCUGCCACCUUAUUUGCUCUUCUUGACCUUGGACUGAGCAGAUGAACACUUUCAAGUGACAGUGAGUCUGUUAACUCUCUCCCGGUUCUUCUCCUCCUAGCUGUUCCCCAUCUAGUACUUCCCAGCUUCUGCCUUCUGAACUAUGCCCCUCUGCAAACCACUGUUCCAAAUCUAUACUGUCCUGGGAAGAUUCAGGAUUCUGAUCAGGAGCAGGGGGAGGGGGAGGCUCCCUCCAUUCCUCCUCAGUGCAGCCCUCCUCAGCACGGUCCCUGACAUACGAUCAUUUUUUAAAGGAGUCAGACAGCAGGUACCUUCCCUGGAAAAGGCGCUGAACUAGCACAAAACGAAACUUGUUAAAUCCUCCAAGUGUCAGCAGUGAUAACUCUAUUGUGUUUAUUAAGUUGGAAGGACAGAGUUCUACUCCAUUGACACUAACUGGCAGCUAUAUAAUUGCUCGCUAAAUACCCAUCAUUUUGAUGGACAGUUUGCUUGUGGAGAAAGAGUUCGUAUAUUGCAAGGACUCCCGAGGGAAGGGGAAACAAGUAUGCAGUGACUUUUGGCAUAGCCUAUGCGAUCCCAUUAUUACAGAGAAAGGUCGGUUUUGCCCUAAAUUGACCCCAAACUGCAUCACUCUCCUUCCACCCGCCACCCCUUGGCAACCAAUAACUUAGGGAAAAGCAGAGAGGUGAAAAACCCUAAAGCCAUGGUUAACCAGGCCUGUCUGCACAACCCACCCAUUUGGAUAACCUAGGCCUGUGAUCUUAGACACAAUCCAAUGGAUUGGAACCUGCAGAAUUGACUUGGUGUAUCUCCAUGUUUCAACACAUAUGAUAUUAUGCACUCUAUAUACUGUUUCUAGAGAGAUGUGGCCAGCUGUUUCUUGGGCACUGGAGUGCCUUGCACAGCUGUUGUAAGCCCUGAAACAAGCAGAAAUGCAUAGUUAGAAACAGAUAUCUCAAGCAAUCUUACUCCUUUCUUGUAGCUAUAAAAUAGUCUGCUUUUAUUUGUUUCCAAAUAGCCGCACAGUAUUUUUUGUAAAAGGUAAUGUUUUCUACUACUGAAGAGGCAGGAUUGAUCUAAAUUGCAGUCCAAAUGAUGGAGGCCCCUUGGUGGCACAUAUGUGGGGUGUUUCUUGAAAGGAAAGAUAUAAAAGCUAUAUGAAGAGUUCCUGUCUGUACGGUUUCCUGAAAAGCGACCCUUUAAAGCGCAAGCAAAGAAGCUUUUGAACACAAACCUGAACAGACUUCUCAGUUUAGUUUUACAGAUGGAAUUAAGUGGCAGCAGUGAAAAAACUUUUAACUUUGCAAUAAAAUUCACACGAUCCAGCCAAAGUUAAGCACUUUUAAGUCCUAUUAAUUUCAGUGGGAGAUUUAAGCACAUGCAUAAAUCUCUCCUGUUGAAACCUGUGGGAGUUUAAAGUGCUUUGGCUAGGGGGAAAAUGCAUUUAUUAAUCUAUUAUAGAGAUUAAUGCCUAGGGCAAUUUACAGGAAACUACCUUUGUAACAAGAGAUUAUUUACUGAACCUUUAAAUGCUGGUCCUAGUGCUUUUUUCUCCACCUAGAUAUGGAUAGCUGAAUGCAAAAUACACCUUGUUGAUCACAUGAAUUUUCAGCUGAUAGUUUUCUUAGUAUACUACAUGCUAGUGGGUGUGCUUACUGCUUCUACUCAGGAAGAAAGUGAUGCAAAUCUCAGAGUUUGGGACUUCCUUCAUGAAAUUUAUGUGCCCACAAGCUGAGACACACCACAGACCCUUCCAAGUGUCCCUGUUUUCCAGGAAGAGUUCCAGAUUUACAGAAGCCUUCCCGGUUUCUGAUUUGAUCCUGGAAUGUCCCACUUUUCCUUAGGACGUCCCUAUUUUCAUCAGAGAAAUGUUGGAAGGUAUGGUAGGAUGACCCUAUUUUUGUCAGAGAAACAUUGGAAGGUAUGGAGUUAUGCCACCCCUGAGCCAAGGAGAUAUGUAACUAUACAACCUUUAGAAGAUAUCUGAAGGCAGCCCUGUUUAGGGAAGUUUCUAAAUGUUUAAUGUUUUGCUGUGUUUUUAUAUAUUGGAAGCUGCCCAGAGUGGCUGGGGCAACCCAGCUAGGUGGGCAGGGCAUAUAUAAAAUUAUGAUGGUGAUGAUGAUGGAAUAGGUAGGACACUCCUGUUUUCAUUGGAGAAAUGUUGGAAGGAACGCAUCCAUGUUUCAAGGGGUAGUAGUAGCUCAACCACGAAACAUGAGCCCUGAAUUUUUCUUCAGUUCAGAUUUUGAUCUGAGCUAGAGAAGAAUUCCUUGUACUCAUUGUGUCCCAAGCCCUCUCCAUUCAGCUGAUUCCCUCAGGCCCCUCUAGCCUACCCUGUUCUCCCACACCACUAACUGGACUACAGUGAAGACCGCAGUAUGGCUGUAGCAGCAAGUUGCACUGUGUCCAGGCUACAGGGAACGGUGACAGAGAGAGGCCUCCCAUCUCCAUGGGGUGUAGCAAUAUGCCAACCCAGGCAAAGUGGGCCCUGGAAAAUGUGCUGCCCCUAGGCCAUGGCUACAAAUAGAUGCAGACUACAUCCCCAAAGGCUCCUUUUGGUUGCUCUGGUGCCCUGCUACAUAUCACACAAAAGUAUCAAGAGAAGAGCAAUAGGAAGGAAAGGCAUCCCUUCCAUCAGUCUCCCUACAGCUUAAUGUACAUUCUGGCAGUUCCCUUGCUGCGAGAAGCCAAGUUACAGGGAACCAGGCAGAGGACCUUCUCGGUAGUGGCGCCCUCCCUGUGGAACACCCUCCCACCAGAUGUCAAAGAAAAAAACAAUGACCAGACUUUUAGAAGACAUCUGAAGGCAGCCCUGUUUAGGGAAACUUUUAAUGUUUAAUAGACUAUUGUAUUUUAAUAUUUUGUUGGAAGCCGCCCAGAGUGGCUGGGAAACCCAGCCAAAUGGGUGAGGUAUAAAUAAUAAAUUAUUAUUAUUAUUAUUAUUAUUUGAACUGCCACCUGAUAAGUGGGGGGGGGGAUUCUGAGGUACCGGCGGAAGAUAAGUUUGAGUGACUACGAGGUUGGGAGUGGACCCUAUUUGGGAGGAGAUAACUCAAUUUCUUUCCAAGCCAACCUGAAGUGAACCGAGGCAGAGGAGGCUCACCCAUCACUAGUGCAAAGUUAAUAAUAGCGAGACACAGUCGGGCACAGUUAUGUGUAAGGAACAAAUCCCAUAGAUUUUAGUAAAAUUCAGUAGAGAACAACACUGGAGUAUGAGUCUUUGGCCUUUCGCUUUUUCAUCUAGAGCAAAUAAGUGUCUUAACACUUAAGGGCUCUUUAUAUAUGUAAAAACCAUGAGUAUCCAGUGAAGUCAUUCCACUGGCACAAAGAUUUAUGUCUUCACAACAGAACUUUCCUCCCUCUCCUCUCCUCACACCCCAUGCCUCUCCCAAAUCUGCUCUGGAGUUCUUAUGCUGACAGAACAACUUUGAUGGAUCCUGCCCUCUGGCACCAUCUGUGUAGUAGACAAAGAGAUAAUUUUAAUUCCCAAUAUGUUUCAGGCAUCAGCCUGUCGCAAUAGACCAGUUGCUUUAUCUAAGGCAGAUGAAUCCACUUGUCCAUUCAGUAGAGUGCAUGUAUGUUUUGAAACUUUUUAUAAGCAGUGUCACAUUAUCAAACUAGGCCAAGGAAGACUUUUUUUAAAAUCAUACAUUUGGUACUUUCCCCACUCCUAAUAUUUUUUCCACAGCUGCUGCACUUCUUGUUGCUUUCCUUCCAUUACUAGUGUACAGCUAAUGUUUUUUCCUUUAUCCUUUCUGAAUUACUAACUUCCACUCUAUACUCCGUCUGUUUUGUCAUUAUUUUAUUGUACAUUAAUUGACACUUCAUUGACCAUUAUCAAGAAAUCCUUUUAAGAAGCUAAACCUACUACAGUGACUUCAUAAAACACACUUGCACAAACACCAUCUUCUAUAGUAUAUAUUGUCUGCGUCCUGUUCUGUGUUAUUCUAUACAAGCACAACUUAAAAUGAGCAUUUUGUAAACAGCAAAAUAUUCCCCAUAUUCCUUGCAAGCAAAACUGGUGCCCAUUUGAUCAAAGACAGCAUUGGUUUUAUUUCAGAGCAUUUGCAUGCUGUCGUUAUACAUUUGAGGGAUUCAGCAGGUCACAAUUAAAGCAUUUAUAUCUUUAUAUUUCAAACAAUACAUUUAUAACAAGCCGCUGUAUGAAUUACUAAUGAGCAGCCGUCUGCUUUUUUAUAUUGGCACUCUAAGCAUUAUUCUUCUAAUGCAAAUCCUGUAGAUUUCAAAUGGGGAGAGUUCAGCACUGGCUUAAUUAUUCCAUUGAAACUGAUGGUGCUUUUAAAGCAGUGCUGUUUUUCUGGAAAAAGAGGUGCCGGAACUCACGAUGAACGCCUCCUUUGCUCUCUUAUAAUGUCAAUGGUGCCCACCUGAGAGGCGCAGGAACUGAACUCUGGUGAAUUCCUGCUGAAAAAAGGACUUGCUUAGCUGUGGCUGGAUUGCACCCUUAAUUUUUUAUUAUUAAUCACUGAGUAGACCAGGCAUGUUUCUUUGCUAUGAAAGUAAAGAACAGAACAACAUUCUUACCUUAACACUGUUGCCUUCGGUGAAUAUUGUUUGGAAACCGCAAACCUCGGAAACAGAGGAAAAAUGGAAGUAAAGUGUCUGGUGAGGAAUAGCUCAUACUGCGGAAAUGGAAACCGCUGAGGAAGGAGGGGACAGCCUAAUACACUGACACUGGAUCUGUUUUCAUGUUGGUACUUCAGAUAAAGAAAUUAAAUGAUUAGAUCUGCCUUACAGUAUAAGUGAACUUUUUUUAAAAAAAGAAAAAAGAUGAGCCUUUUGAGACAAUAGGAAAUACGUUGUGUCUUUUUCAAACACCUGCCUUACUUAAGUGCCACCAUUUAUCAAGUUCUGUUUACAGUGUAAAGACUUUAAUGUGGAGCUUAUCACUGGGGUCCUUUGAUACUUAAUCCUUCCAGAACUGGCUCUUUGAAAUGCCUUUAUAAUGAUAAGGUUUGCAAAAGUGGCAGGUUCUCUGUCGCCUCAUGCUCAAGGGCUCGGAUAAGAGAAAAGAAUACCUUGCAGGAAAUAUCAAAUAUCCUUCGCAUGGGUCUUUCCCCCUCAUUAGAAUACCCUCAAAGUGUAACAGAAUACAAAGCCUGUAGUGUUUGAAAAUUUAGCAUAAGAAAACAAAUACACUGACAUCCCUAGUCCUAACUGUAUAUACAAUGAAGUAAAUCCUACUUUUCAGUAAAACUAUAGGCAAGUUCCACCAUACAAUCUAUAUGUCAGUUCCAUAGAAAUAUGAGACAUCCUGCUAGAUACAGCGAUGUAAAAUGCAAGUCUCAGUCAGUAGCCUUAGAAAUGUUUCCAUUUGCUGAAAAUAAGUACUGUAUUAAUUUUUGCUUUGGGGAAAGUAAGGCUGCUGAAGUAGGUAAAUCUUAAACACAACUACAAAUGAGCAGGCAACUGCCGACUUAUUUUAGCUGCCCUGAGCAUUUGGGUCUAACUGCUAUUUUAAGUUCCCAUUAUGGCCCACCAUGUAGUAGUGUCACUGCCAAUGUGGUAAAUUUAAAUGUCUGCCAAGCCCAGGGCAGAUCAGGGCAACAGAAAACAGAAAGAUAAUUGUUAGUGAUAGGGCCUCGUAGGGUGCUCUGGUACUGACCAGCUCUGGUAUUAACUCCACCUGACUUUCCAGUAAGAUUUCCUCCCACCGCUAUAAGGCUGGUGAGAAUCAGAGUAAAGAAUCAUACAGAGAUGGAUGGUCACACAGAGGAUAGAUACAUCAACAUGCUAUUAAGCAUGUAAGCAAAAUGGAAUGUUUGGGUGCCAGGCCAUGGGAACAAAGAGCAGGACGUGGUCACUGUCAACAUCAGUGGUGGUGCCAGGGCAGGACUUGAUGGUAGAACCGGAGGAGGACCCACUUAGCAGAGUGAGCAGGGGGACCACCAAACACUGCAGGGCUGACUUCAAAGUAAGCAAAGCAACACAGAGAGAUUCUCUGUAAGACUGUUAAGUCUGGACUCCAAAAUUGUGUAACUGCAUCACUGGCCAACAUGUCCUGUUUGAGAACUUCAAGACUCACAUGGCUGACCACACAGUAGAACCCUAUGAAUGUUUGUUCACGAGUAAGUGCCAAUAUCUUCAAUAGGGCCCUCUCCCUUAAGUGGGUGUAUGAUUGUGGCCCAAAUGGACCUGAUUCAGCAUAGUAGCAUUUAUUUGCCAUGCAAUAUUUGCACCAAUAAUUGGCCAUGCUUCUGCUAUGAAAAUGUCAUCCUAAAGUCAAACAGCUGAGAAUGUUUGAUUCUUCUUUCUUUUACAGUGCUCUGUAUCCUGUGGGAAGGGUGUAAAGGAUCGUGACAUAUAUUGCGUUAACAACUUCCAAAUUAAACUAGGUGAUAAUAUGUGCCAGCAUUUAAAGAAGCCUCGAACCCACAAAGUUUGCAGAGCUGCCCGAUGUCCUGGAUGGAAGGCCAACAGGUGGAAUGAGGUAUUUUUUAGUCUUGCAGUCAAGUCACGAUACAGUUCUGCAGCAGAGAGAAGGUCAUACCUUCUGCAAUGAAAUAUAGUACCUAACUUUUUUGUACUGUGGUACACCCAGUAGAGUUUGGCUCGUAUGGUCCAAUCUACUGUCUAAUGACAGUUGUUAUUUAUUUAUUUAUUUACUUAUUUGUUUAAUCAGUUUAUAGACCAAUUAAUAUAUUAAAAAGCUCUUAGAGUUUUACAAGGUAAAACAACAGGAACAUAAAAUAGAAUACAAAUUAACUGAAAAUACAAACUUUCAAUGAAACUCAAGGAACAAAAUACAAAAACCACCAAGCAGUGCAAUCUAAAAAAUAACACUUGGGAAAUGUUGGGGGCGGGGACAAAUACAUUCUUAAUAAGAAUUUAAGACACUUCCAAGUUGGGGUACCAAUCCAGUUUUGCUACAGCAUUUAAUUUUCUUAGGCCAUUAUCUGGACACAAUAGUCACAUGGAAAUAAGCCCCAUUGAAGAAUCCUGAGUAAACACAGGAUUUGACUGGAUUUUAACUCUCCCAUUGAAAUCAAUGAGGUUUUUAAGUGCUUAGCCUUCACUAGGCAGUAUUCUCUUGUAUUGUGUGGUUCCGGUUAUUCAGAAAUAUUUCACAAAAGUGGCAAAUCUGUGAUACUAGGCUAGCCACAGGUUGAUUCUGAACACAUUGGACCACUGUUGCUAUAAUUCAGAAAUGCACAAUUUGCACACCACUGGGCUGAACACAGUGAGCCAACAAUAGACAGUAACUUACCAGCCGCUCAAUAAGGCCUCUUGAAUUUGGGGGUCUGCCUGGGCUGGCAUGGGUUGUCAGACACCAAGCAGGCCACAAUAUUUGGCUCAAGAGCUGUCGCCAGUUUGAGACGCCAUAAGCUGUGCAAGCCUGCUACAAUCAUCCCCUUCCAUCCAUCUCAUUUUAGUUUCUCUUAACAUGUGGUGAAAGCAUAAUAGGACCUUAGGAAGCUACAUUAUACUGAAUCAUCACCAGGAUAGUCUCAGGUCUCUCUCAGUCCUACCUUGGAGAUGCCAGAGAUACAAACUGGGGCCUUCUGCAUGGGAAGAAGAUGUUCUACUAUUGAUCUACAGCCCUUCCUUUAUGAUUAGGACAAUGCGGUCAUUUGUUGUUGUUUAGUCGUGACCCCAUGGACCAGAGCACGCCAGGCACUUCUGUCUUCCACUGCCUCCUGCAGUUUGAUCAAACUCAUGCUGGUAGCUUUGAGAACACUGUCCAGCCAUCUCGUCCUCUGUCGUCCUCUUCUCCUUGUGCCCUCCAUCUUUCCCAGCAUCAGGGUCUUUUCCAGGGAGUCUUCUCUUCUCAUGAGGUGGCCAAAGUAUUGGAGCCUCAGCUUCACGAUCUGUCCUUCCAGUGAGCACUCAGGGCUGAUUUCCUUAAGAAUGGAAAGCAUCAAUUCUUUGGCGAUCAGCCUUCUUUUAAUUUUGUGGCUGCUUUCACCAUCUGCAGUGAUCAUGGAGCCCAAGAAAGUAAAAUCUCUCACUGCCUCCAUUUCUUCCCCUUCUAUUUGCCAGGAGGUGAUGGGACCAGUGGCCAUAUAUGCGGUCAUAUAUGUGUCCUAAAUUAUUACACAUCAUUUUUCAUUGUGCCGCAUUGUGUCAAUGCAGUUCUGAAGUUAAUUAACAUUCUGUGGAGGGAUGUGCCUUGCGUCAGCAAAUGCAAUUGAUGGAGAUGACUACAAAGCAAAACACGUAUAGAGGAUCUGCUCUCCUUUCAUGCUUACAUACAGAUCACCAUAAAGUUAAUAGUUACGGUACAAAUGAGUCUGGAGAAUAGAAACUCCAGCUCCCCAUCUGCGAUUUUCAAAUAAAGUUAAUGGAAACAAGUUGUGGUAUGUGCUUUUUUCACUCACGUACAAGAAGGCUAUAUAUUCUGCCUUUUCAAGAGGCACACAUUUUAGGAAAUGUGCCAUGGAGAAUUAACAUUAAAAGGCUGCAGAGGAGAGUAUGACUUAAAAAAAAAAUGAAACAAAUAUGCAAUGAAAGGGUGGAGGCAAUAAUGGCUAAAUAUGAUUCAGUCAUUUUUGAAGUCUGGAAAACAUUGGCAAUGGUAAGAUGAAGCUGCUUGAAAGCAUGUGGCCUUUGAUUUCUGUGUGAGAGAGAAGACAAGUGACAUCAGCAUGUGAAUAAAUUCCCUCUUUACCAGUUACAUGAAUGCCAUGUACGAGGGGUAGGAAAUAAAGAGUACAUUUGCUCAGUUGCUUUUCAGCCCUCCAUAUAAGCCUGCACAGCUCGUGACCGACAAUACAUGCUAACGACCAUCUGUUGUGGUUUUCCAAUGCCGGAACUCUCCACUUUUGCCUACACAACAAGGGAUGGGAGAUAAAUUUGAUUCAGUCUGCAUUUAAAGGUGAACUUAAUCCACAUUUCCCAAAAUGAUCUGCAAACUGAGGUUCAGCCAUCCUUCACAAUUCACACUUCCCUGAAUUUUGCAAUGCAAUUCUUUGGCCAAGUAUUGUGUACAAAGAUGCACAAGCCAGGGUACAAUGUGCAUAUAGGUGCAUAUAUUUUACUGAAAAUAACAUAAAAUGCAUUAUACUAGGGAAAGCUGCUUUGCAAAAAAAUGUAGAUAUUGGGCAAAAUUGCACACAAAAAAGUGGAUUCUAGGAGACACCAUGAACUGAUGUGGAAAUCUAAACUUAAAAUUGGAAAAAUGGGAAACAGAGAGAAAAUGACAUUGAUAUAUUUCCCCAUAUAUGGCUUGUGGGUGCAAUGGCUCACAACUGACAAUUGCCUUCCACUAAUAGAGCAAGAUUUCCUGUGCUGCAGUAGCAAAGACCUAUACUUGCCUACUCAUAAGUGUCAUUCUGAGUUUAACAGGACUUACUCCAAGGUAAGUAGGUAGGCUGCAGUCCUGUCUCCAACUUACCUGGGUGUAAACCCCACUGAUUUAUUUUAGAGUACGUAUACCCUAGCAGAGUUAGUGACUAUUAAAAAGUAUGAAUGUCGUAUUCCUAACAAUACAUACUUGGGUUAAGCACCCUUGAGCUCAUCAGGGCUUUUCUCUGUGCAGAUAUUGUUUGGAUUGCCCUGUUAUGUCUCAUUCACUCAUUUUCCUGGUUUUUCUGUGCCUGUGUGUGCACAUUUAUUUAUUUCAGUGUUCCGUGACCUGUGGAGAAGGAGUUCAACACCGGGAUGUUUACUGUAGGCUGAGAGGCAGCGGUAGAGUUGAUGAAGUGCUGUGUAAUUAUCUGAUGCAACCACCUAGUAAGAGGCCUUGUUGGUUGCCUGCCUGUGUACAGUAUCACUGGCUGACUGACGAAUGGCAAGAUGUAAGUAUGGCCAAGAAAUAAGCUUCUUGCUUGCGCUUAUUUAAACCAGUUACAGAUGUCUGCAGGUUUGGCUGCAGUUACCCUACUUGUUAAAAAAUAUUUGCAGUGGGAAGACUGUCAUAGUUUUCAACGGUGACAUGCAACACUGUUCCCAUAUGUGUAUUAUUUGUGCAUUCUGCUGUUUGCCCACGUAUUUCCAGUUUGUCUACUUCACUCCCUGCCAAUGAAGAUGCCCGUAAAGUGAGGUGGGUGGUAACGCUACUGACACACACGUUUUAAGGAUCAAAGGCGAUCUGUUGAAGAAAGAUCUGAAGGUUGCUUUAUGAUGUAUGACUCUAUGGCUGCAUUAAUAGGGUGCCCCAAUAGUGUAAAUGGGGAAAUCAAAACAGUGAUACAUUUUCCUUUACAACUCUGAGUGGCUUUGAAUGGCAGGAUGACACACAGGGAACAAGAAGUGAUUUUGAUGUGAACUUCCUUAUUCCGUUGACUCUUGGUCUUCUGUGAAAUAGCCAUAUUAUAUAUCACCCAGUUUGGAAAAUCCAAAUGCCUGAUUGAGGAACAACUUGAACAGCUCUCCACUAGGGCAGACAUGAAACAUGUAGCUUCCAUGAGAUGCCCACCCUGAAAUGCUACUCUUAGCACCUACCACUUAAUAUCAUAUAUAAAGCUUUAAUAUAAACGAGUAGCUACAGAAUUCCACUUGCUUUCAGAGUGGCCACAUUCGGGACGAGCUUCUCUGGAAAAAAAACUCAGCUUCAGAAAUGUAGUCUAUCUUACAGGAUUUGUUCUUGUCAUCUUCAGUGUUCCUCGUCAUGUCAAAAAAGGGAAACAUACCGCAAGGUGAGGUGUGUGGAUGAAAACGGGAUCCAAGUAAACGAAAAACUCUGUGAUCCUGGCGCGAAACCUCCAUCCAGCAAGAAAUGCAAACUGGCUUCCUGUAAAUAUAUUGUCAUUACAGUUGACUCCUCACAGGUAUGUAUAUGUGCAUUUGUGACCAGGUGUCUGAUUUUAUACCUGAAAACAGCAGAUACAUUUUUAAAAAAGCAUGGGAGUACAAACAGUCUCUCUUACCAACAGUUCAAAAACAUUCAUUGAAUUCUCUCAGCUUCCACCAAUUCAGUUUGCUUUUAUUAUGGGGUACAGGCCUUGGAGCUGCUUUUCCCAACAUGAACAUCUCUUUCUGUUGAAAAAGUUUUGUAUUUUGUGGCCUAAAGAUUUUAGGGACAGCCACACAAAAACUGUCUUCCGCAGAGCAGCUGCCUCCCUGAAUUUCUGAGGGAGGUGGAGCUACCAAGAGAUAAAAUCCUAUGCCUACUUUCUUGGGAGUAAGCUCAUUGAAAUGGGGACUUCCUUCUAGGAAACAUGCAUAGAACAAGGUUGCAAUAAAGCCUCUCCUCCUUCCACAACUCCAGGGAGGAGAUGUGAGCGAGAGCCAUUUCCCGUCUCGGCAGGGGGUGUUCUGGCCCCUGUGUCUGUUGUCCCAGCUGCCGUGCCGCACCCCCUGGCAACCAACCAAUCAGGCGGAAGCUGAGGGGGUGGGGUUUAGCUGCUCAAAUGCGGCAGCGGCAGCACUGCCCUCUCAUUGCGCUGCUGGGUUUUGUCGGAUCACCCACCCAUCCUCCCUUUAGUUCAUUUCCAUGUUUUUGACCUUGCUAUGGACCUGUGGUUGGUUGCCUUAGUUGUCCAAGGGGCCUGAUAGGAAUUUUUAUAUACUUUGUCCUUGUGUCUUUCUUAUCCUCAAGCGGGUGGCAGGUCCUCAACUCACAAGUAUAAUAACAAUUAACUUCAUGUGCCCUUUGUGACAGUAAUUAUAUUAUUUUAGUGUCCAGCUGGUUGUUAUCUUGAGAACCAGCAGAAGACCUCAUACUGUGUAGAAGCCCACAAUGCCUGGAACAGCCAUACCAACAGCCUUCGAAAAAUAGCAUACAGAAAUUGCCCACUGGCUCAGUCACCACUGAUGAAUAAAUGUAAUGUUGUGGCAUGUCCACUUGCCGCAUCAUGGAAUGUGGGGAAGUGGAGUCAGGUGAGUAUUGACUCAGCAGGGUUAAGAUGCCUCAGCCCAGGAAGGAAUUGUGGCCUCCACUUUGACUUGUUUGUUGUUGUCUAAAUUAUUUCUAUGAUCUCUGUUUAAGUGUUCAGCACCUUGUGGAAAGGGAACGGCAGGAAGAAGAGUAGAAUGCAUGACCCAAAGUGGCUCACCCAGUGACUUGUGUCUGUCACAUUUGAAACCUGCAGCUAGAAGGAUUUGCCAUGCGAAAGACUGUAAGUAAUUCAGAUAUGUGCAAUGGAUACAAUGGAAUGCUUCAUUCACACACACACACACACACACACACACACACACACAAAAUGACCUGACACGUCUAUUUUUAGGUGAGAUGAUAACCAGCUGCAAAGAAAUCCAGAUCAGAAAAAAGAUUAGAAAGGAUGGGGAAUAUUUGCUAAACAUUAAAGGAAGAAAGAUAAAGGUAUUGUUACUCCUUUUAUCUGAGAGGGGAGAUAUGUGGAGGAAAUGCAUCUUUUUCUAAAGGAAUUCUAUGUUUCUGUUGUAGAUUUUUUGUUCAGACAUGUGGCUAGAGGAUCCCAAAGAAUAUUUAACACUGGCUAAAGGAGAAGCAGAUAACUUUUCAGAAGUAUAUGGAUAUAGGUACUGUGAUUUUUAAUUUUUUAACCUUUCUUUAUUUGUAGAUAUACUGUAUUCAUAUGUAAGUUGCAGAAUGAUAUGUCUGUUUCUUUUUAUGUUCUGAAUUAAUGUUGAGGAACCUAGGAAAUGCUAUUCCUAGGUUCUUCAACAUUAAUUCAGAACAUAAAAAGGCAACUCUGCACUUGUGCACAUUCGAGAUGCAGGCUACCUGGACAUGUUGGACAGCCAUCUAAAAUGGUGGCACCCUGCAUGCUCCAAACUGAGCAUGUGCAAAUAGUUUCAGAAUUCAUCUGGAGCAAACUCCAACCCCCAUAAUUCAUGCUAUUAUUUGGCCAGAGCUCUACCAAAACUCAUAACCUGAGCAUGGCUUAUUUCUAAGCAUUGCAUCUGCAGUGGCUCCGUAUGCUGGGCAUGAUCCAGCCAAAGUUAAUUUCUAAAUCCUAUUUAUUUUUAAUGUGAGAGUUAAGGACAUGCUUACACCUCUCUCCAUAAUAUCAACAGGACUUAAAAGAUGUUUAGCGUUCCUGGAAUGUUUUCACAGCUUUCAGCUGCAAAUCUGUAGGCGUUUACACAAGCCUCCGUGUUGCAUAAUUUAACCUCAUUAGUUUUCACCCUCUUCAGGCUUUUAAUAUGGAAUAGCACUUUGCUGUGAUGAAAGCAAAAACUAAAGAACGCUUAUUUGUAGGCUGCAAAAUCCAUAUGAGUGUCCUUUUAAUGGAAGCAGACGGCAAGACUGCAUGUGCAGGGAUGACUACCCUGCAGCUGGCUACACCAUUUUUAGGAAAAUAAGAAUUGACCUCAGUUCUUUGGAGAUUAAAAGUGAGUCUUUAUGUAAUAAUACUGUGUUUUGCAAUGACUGAGUGACUGUUGGAAACACAAAUUGUAUUCCCAGUAGUGCCCUUUUGAAAAAAAAAGUCUAUCCUCCCCCCGUCUUUCAUUACAUAAUGAUAUAUUGGAGGUGAUGUGAGAUUCUAUGAAAUAUCUUCUUGGUGGGGUUUGAUUUGUGAUAGGUUUUCGCAUGCGCACAUCAUUAUGGUGUGAUGCUCCUAUCAAGAGGUGAGCUUGUAUGUGUGGCCUCUCUCCAAAGCAGCCGGCCAUAUUGUUCUCUCUUCUCAUUCUGUGCAAAGGCCAAACUCAGUGCGAUGCUAGAGAUUUGUCAUCCAAUCUCUGCUCUCUCUCAACUUUUGCAAAUAGCAACCACAAUCCAGAUUAAGGCAGAAAUGAGGCUUUUAUGGUUUUCCUAAUGGCACUAAUGUCAACAUCACAAGGGAAAUGACAGUGGAAAGAGCUCUCCCUUUUUGCCACCCUCCCAACCUCCCUCAGAGGGGGCAGUGGGCCUCACAUGAAGACGGCAGGAUCCAAGUAGGUUCAUGUCAGGAGAGGCGCUCCAAAUAUCUAUUGGGAUGGACAGAGCUUUAUAGGUCAAAACCAGUCCUUUGUAUUGGAUAUGCAGAGGCAACCAGUGCAGCUUUCCCAAACAGUCUGCAAAGGCAGACCCACAUAAAGCUCCUUGUAGCAAUUCAGUACAGUACUGAGCUUCCCAGGCCAUAGAUUACUGCAGCCAAGGCUAUCCCUGCCCUGAUAGGGUGAUAGCAACUUCAGAAAGGCCAUUUUCAGUGGGGAAAUAGCUCUUUGAACGGGUUAUAUUUUCCCUCCCCUGUUGUCCUGACAUGCCCUGACACACACACACACACACACACACAGAGAGAGAGAGAGAGAGAGAGAGAGAGCCCCAUGGUGGUUGCUAUUUGCAAAAGUUUAAAGAGACCUGAGACCUAUUCAAGCACUUUCGUGGCCAUGUCUGUUCAAGCCCUUAGACUAGAUGCUUUAAGGGAACUGGGGCGGGGGGAGAGAAACAGAGUGGUGUAGUUCCAUGUUUGCCAUGCACUUAGGCCUCCACCAACUCAGAGUUCUGAAGGCGCAGGGCAGGGCUGGUCCACCCAUGAGGCAAGCUGAGGCAACUGCCUCAGACGGCAGGAUCCACAGGGGCAGCGAUCUGGCCUCCAGGGAAUGCAUUGCCUGAUGUUGCUGCUACUGCUGCUGCUGAGGUAGGAGCAACAACUUUGGCACUUUCCUUAGAGACCAGCUCUGCCUCCUCCCUGGCAGCCUCCCCAUGCUGCCUCUACAGCAGCGUCUUGGUGUAUAAGAGGUGCUGCUGGUCUUCCACUCCCACCCUUGUUCCCAUUGUAGACCUUUAUUCCCCUCCUUGUUCCCAAUGUAGAUCUUCAUCCACUCUUUCUUCCACGGGGAUGCGGGUGGCGCUGUGGUCUAAACCACUGAGCCUCUUGGGCUUGCUAAUCAGAAGGUUGGCGGUUCAAAUCCCCACAACAGAGUGAGCUCCCGUUGCUUUGUCCCAUCUCCUGCCAACCUAGCAGCACACCAGUGCAAGUAGAUAAAUAGGUACCACUGCGGCUGGAAGAUAAGCAGUGUUUCCAUGCUCUCUGGCACUCAUCACGGUGUUCCGUUGAGCCAGAAGCUGUUUAGUCAUGCUGGCCACAUGACUCGGAAAGCUGUUUGUGGAUAAACGCUGGCUCCCUCGGCCUGAAAGUGAGAUGAGUGCCGCAACCCCACAGUCAUUUUUGACUGGACUUAACUGUCCAGGGGUUCUUUACCUUACCUUCCAUGGGGUGGGCACGAAUCAAGAAUUAAACUAGUUUUGCUGGCCAUAACAAGCUUUCACUUUUGCUUGCUAGCCACCGACUUCCGUUUUGCUCAUACCAUACUUGGGAAACCCGUUCCUUUUGCCACAGCUGGAGACUGUUACAGCGCUGCUAGAUGCCCACAGGUACGUGUCAGGGAUAGAGAUGGGACUCAGUUUUCCUUUGUCAUGCAUUUUUUUUCCAGUCCAUUAAGUAUUAGCAGCCUCAUACCCAGUGUUGCUCAGGAACUCUAAGAAAUCGAAAGAAUAGUGCAGUUUUGAAAUCAGUGUAGCUUUGAAAGGCUCGGUCUGCCAUCUUGAGUCAAAAUGGCGUCCAACUGUAUCCAAACAUAGACGAAAACCUUCCCCCUUGAUCUUAGGAGCCAUUAUGCCGUAUUUGGUUAAUAUCACGGAAGGUUUGAAAGUCAAGUUUGCCAACUUGUUUGAAAAUUGUGUCCAACUGGACAACAAACAAACUCUUUGAUCUCAGAACCAAAUGUGAUUCCAAUAUGUCCAGAAAUGUCCAAACAAGGGAUGAACAAACAACUUUCCAAGAUAUAUAGUUGAUUUUGUUGAAAUCUUUAAAUACCCAAAUAUCCCUCUUCUUGCUUCCUCCCUUUUUAUUUCAUUUCGGCCUCAUCUUCAGCUGGUUUCUCACAUUUUAUCUGUUUUUAAAUGUUCAGUGACUCCAGUGAUCAGAAGGACUGUAGAAUUUGGCUUGCCAUUCAUUGCAUUUGAUGGGGCACAUUCCCAAGCAAGUGUGAGGGAUUUUCAGCCAUUGGCAAGCACUGUAGAGAUGUGAGAAUUUUCCUAGUGACUGGCAGAAAUCAGUACCCAAAUCCCAUGAGGUGUUUUGUUCCUGUUUCUUUCUCUUUUUUUACCCUUUCCCCUCUUUUCUUGAAACCCCCUCUUUCUGUUCACCUGCUCUUUCACUCUUCCUUUGUCUCGACACUUCUUGUAGACCCCCCCUCCCUUCCGACCCGUUGCAUCUGGAGUCUGCAAUGCAACACUGCCCUCUUGUGAUCUCACAACUUCUCUUCAGCAAUUGUGCUUUAGGUUGGAGUCAAGGCAGUCUUUUUCAGAGCGGUACGACAGAGGCAUUGACCUAAUCCAGAAGUUUUCAACCUUUUUGAGUCCAUGGCUCCCUUGACCAACUACCUUCUUUCUGUGGCUCCCCUGUAGGGAUAUGUGCUCCAGACCUCAGAAGUCCCUUGCCUGCAGAGCUGGCAGCCCCUUUUCGAACAUCCUCCCUUGCAGAGUGUUCUCUCAGCCUCCUCUCCUCUCCCCUGACCAGCCCCAGAGGCACCAUUUGCCUGCUGAGCUUGUAGCCAGGGCUGCUGCAACAAACAGCUGUGCAAGCCUUCGAGAAGGCAUCAGAGGAGGGAGGGAAGGAAGGAGGGACAGAGGCCAGUGUUGCCCACAGCACCCCUGGCCAUCAUUCAAGGCACCCCAGGGUGCCAUGGCACACUGGUUGAAAAACACUGCCCUAAUCCAUGGCAGGUUCCCCAACUUUAGGGUGUAUUUAGGAUGCAACUUUUAGAAGGCAGCCCUGUAUAGGGAAGCUUUUUAAUAUGUAAUGUUUUAUUAUGUUUUUAUAUAUGCUGGAAGCUACACAGAGUGCCUAGGAUAACCCACUCAGAUGGGUGGGGUACAUAUUAUUAUUAUUAUUUCAAAUAUCUAACGUGGUAGCGACUGGUGCCUGUUGAAGAUGGGCUGGGGGCAUUGCAUAUUGCAAAAAUGUGCAAUGCUGGACAGAUGACCAUGCAUGCACACACACCCCUUGACACACUUAACAAAAGCACACACACAUACCUGACAAUGUCUCUGCCCAUCUGACACUCGCACAUACAGCUGACUCUCUCUCUCUCUCUCUCUCUCUCUCUCUCUCUCUCUCUCUCACACACACACACACACACACACACACACAAAGAGAGAGAAAGAAAUUAAAGGAAGGAAGGAGGAACUACUAAGGGCCUUAUAUACAUGGUCUCGAAAUUUGCCUUCUAAGUUGCUUGUUUCUUCAUUUUUGGGUAGGAACCGUGUGACAUUUCUCCUCACUAGGUGAUACAACAGCUUUUCUGGAGCUAAAAUCUGCUUUUCAACCAACUGGUAGUUAGAGCAGAAAGAUUUUCUAAAUCGAUUACAUGUCACUGUGCUGUUUGCUAUAUCACGCCCCCCCAUCCCCCUUAACUCCUCUUUUGUGAUGCUGCCCCAUACUCUCUCCACCCCACCUCAGCCCUCCUUGUCUCAUCUUUCUUUUAUUGACGCUUCUGCUGUUCAUUUCUUGGCACACCUGCACAAAUAUUUGCAAUAUUUCUAGCCAUGCUCUAAAGCCGAUCUAUCUGUUUUCCUCUCUCCACUUGAAAAGGGGCAGUUUGGCAUCAAUUUGGCAGGCACUGGGCUGAGGUUAUCCCCUACGGCAAAGUGGAUCGCUCAGGGAAAUUACGUUACAGUUCAGAUACACAAAUCUCAAGUAAGUCUGUUUGCACCAAUGAUUAUUUGCAGGGAUGGGGUGUUUGCUCCAGUUGCUUCAAUUAGCAGCAAAGGAACCUUGAGUCAGGUACAGUGGUACCUCGGGUUAAGUACUUAAUUCGUUCUGGAGGUCCGUUCUUAACCUGAAACUGUUCUUAACCUGAAGCACCACUUUAGCUAAUGGGGCCUCCUGCUGCUGCUGCGCCGCUGGAGCAUGAUUCUCAUCCUGAAGUAAAGUUCUUAACCUGAAGCACUAUUUCUGGGUUACCGGAGUCUGUAACCUGAAGCAUAUGUAACCUGAAGCGUAUGUAACCCGAGGUACCACUGUACUAAGGAGUUGGAAAGCAUCAGGCAUUUAAAAGAAGAAGAAGAAGAGGCUGUAAAGACUUAAUCUCAGAAAACCUCUUAAUGAAGAGAACAAGGAAAGUGGCAGCAGACAUCUGGAAGAAGCAGUCCUGUUUUAAGGCAGGGCGGCUGGGGCGGGGGGAGUGAUUUGUAGCUGCCUGCCACAUGGCACAGAAGGAGAGGACGUGCAGGUCAUUGAUUCAUCUCCUUCCCAUGAUUCCUGGUUCUCAGACAACUUGUGCAUCGCUGCAGCGAGGGGGUGCUGUUGCUUCCAAGGCAGCUAUGAGUGCAUGCUUCUCAUGAAGUGAUUUUCUGUUCUUUCCAGGAUGAUACUAAGAUAUAUGGAAGAUGUGGAGGAUUCUGUGGGAAAUGCAUUCCUAAUGGAAACACUGGUCUUCAACUUCAAAUGAACUAGAGAGAAAAAGAGAGAAGAAGAAGAAGAAGAAGAAGAAGAAGAAGAAGAAGAAGAAGAAGAGAAGAAGAAGAAAUCCUUAAGAAUUAUAUUGAAGGUGCUGUUAUUUCCUCAAUCCUUUCAACUCUGCAGUGUUUGUCUACUCUGAAUUCCUACUCCUCCUUCUAUGUUAAUCGGCAACUCUGCUUCUUGCCACACCCACAACCUCCUGCAAAGCUGCCACAGAUUGCUGGGCACAUUCUUAAGGCCAUUUCGCCCAUUUAAAAGGAAAACGGACCCCUUGGUGUUUUAUGCGCACACAUAAAACUGCAACGAGUGACAUGAACACAGCAAACGUGAUUACAAAUGCACAUAGCAUAUAAAUACAUUUCUCUGAGAUCCGGGGUUUCUUGCAGCUCCCUAGCACUCUGAACACACUGGCUGAAUGUAUAGUGAAUGUACCUGGGGAUGUAGCCUGCUCCAGCCUGGGCAUGUUUCUUUAACAGUCUGUAUCCUGUUCUGCUGGGGAUUGGGACCUGCAGAGAAAAUAGCAGAGAAUCAGCAAGGCCACUGCGGAACUUUUUUGGGGGGGGAUUGGCCCUUUCAUUGCAAAUUGGGGGGGGGGCAGCCCCCACUACUUGGCACUGAUGGAAGAGCCACAACCUCAGGCCAAAUGUACAGAGGACAUCCCUUAAGUGUGACACUGGAGUAUCAUCUGAAUCAGGGUCCUCCUUGGGGCAACACUGAGACUCUGAAACAAGGUCCUAUAUGCAAACCAACCCUGCAAAAAAGUAAAGUCCCAAACUGCAGGUUCGGGCCCUCUCUGCACAGUCUGUAUGCACAUAGAAACCAAACAGAUAGGCACAUGGCUGCAUGGAGGCCAAGGGGGUAGGGCUUGCUACUAUGAUUCCAUUAGAAUCAUAGAAUCGUAGAGUUUGAAGGGACCCUGAGGAUCAUCUAGUCCAUUGCAAGAAUAUGCAGCUGUCCCAUAUGGGGAUUUAACCUGCAACCUUGGUGUUAUAGGCACCGCACUCUCACCCUGUGAAGGCGCUCCCCUUGUGCACAUUUCAUUUGCACCAGAGCAUUCUCACCCAACCCCCCUGGCAAAAAGAAGAAGAGAACUUGAACUGGCUUUUUGUAAAGUUGUUUAUUAAAUGAAUAAGUUAAGUUCCUUGGACUGACUCCUGUCCAUUAGGUCCAGUCGUGGCCGACUCUGGGGUUGUGGCGCUCAUCUCGCUUUAUUGGCUGAGGGAGCCGGUGUACAGCUUCCGGGUCAUGUGGCCAGCAUGACUAAGCCGCUUCUGGCGAACCAGAGCAGCGCACAGAAAUGCCGUUUUACCUUCCCGCUGGAGUGGUACCUAUUUAUCUACUUGCACUUUGACGUGCUUUCGAACUGCUAGGUUGGCAGGAGCAGGGACCGAGCAACAGGAGCUCACCCCGUUGCAGGGAUUUGAACCGCCGACCUUCUGAUUGGCAAGUCCUAGGCUCUGUGGUUUAACCCACAGCACCACCCGCGUCCCUUAAGAUCCUUAUUACUGUACAAAACAAAGAGUUCACAUUUGCUAAGCUGGCUCGAUCAGUUACGUUAGAAAGCACGGAAGGUGUUGAAAUAUACAAUGUCCAGCAUAAUCCUAAAUAUAUUUAAUCAUCUUUAAAUCCCUCUAGGUUCACUGGGACUUACUCUCUAGUAAGUUGGUUUAGGAUGGCAACUGAUCAACUUUGCAAAACCCUGCCAGGCAUUAUAUUUGUCCCCAGAUCUAUCUCAGAUAGGUGCAUAUCAAUAUACUUUCUGCUGAUACAGUUCCUGUAGCUUUCUUCAUUGUGCUCCUGUCCUCUUUUCACAUCACAUUUUUGGUACUUACACAGACGCAGCAGCUCAGCUUCAGAAAUCUCCCUGGCACAUGCUUAGCAAAGUUAACGUCUAUUGUGGCUAAAAGCAAGUAAUCACAUAAGGAAAACCACCAUAGUUCUGAACCUAAUGUUAGCGAUCCUACCUCUCAUCUAUGUACUAUGAAAACAAAUUAAUUUUGUAUAUUAUAGGGGUUUUUUUAUUCAGUUGUGCAUAUACACACAUACACACACGGAAGUAUACAACGAUUGCCCAAAUACUUCAAAAUGAAUGCCCAUACUAUAUGUUAAAGGAAACCUCUGUUUCAUCAUUGAAACUCUCAUGCAAGAAGCUAUCUAGGAAGUAGAGCUCAUUAACUUUAGGGGGAUCUAGUUUAGAUUUCUAGUGCUCCUAGUGGUCCUUGUUCAAGUGUCCUGCUUUUUCCACAUCAGGAAGUCAUUGCUCUGUGCCACUUUGUCUCCACAUAGGUAGAGAGUUUUGUCUUUCAGAAGUGUUCUGGUUGUUGGACUUGCCAGAAACCCCAAAUAUUAAUAUUACAUUGAAUUUAGACACUAUUUCAUAACAAGUUCUCAGGUAUUUGGAAUGUAUAGCAUAUAGUACAAUUCUAUUUUCUUUGUGAUGCCUACUGUUGAAGCCAAAUACCAGCUAAAGGUACAAUCCUCAUUCCAUUCAAGUCUGUGACAAAUGCCCCAUUCAUCUUAAUGGAUCAGCAUUAUUGCAACCUAACAAUUAAACCAAAUACCGUCAACUGCCAGUAAAGCAUUGGUAGAGGAAAAAAUGGCAGCUAUACUAAUAUCACCCACAAAGAUAUUUAAAAUAAGGACUAAGUCAUACCACGGGAUUUUGAGCAGUUAACUGCCUUUGAGCUAACACAUAUAGAUAACUAUUUUGUGACCUCUGUAUCAGAAAAGUAUUUUUUUGCACUAUGUGCCUUAUUCUACUUGUAAACAUGAAAACUGUAACAUUAUUUUCCUAGAAAUGUUUACAUUUACAAUACCUAUGUUAUAAAUUAUAAAAAAAACUUUAUGUAAUAAAUAUGCCAUGUGAUCACUGCUUAAAUACACUGCUUAAAUACAGUGCUGAUGUGUCAGCAAAUCACU